UCGUUGAUGAAACAGAAAAGGCAUUGUACAACUUUGGUUGCCGGGUUCCGCAGGAUCGGAAAGUUAAGAAGAUUCCAAAAAAAAGUUGGUAUAUAAAAAUCUCCUUAUGCUUAUAUAUAGAUGGUAGACCACGAGGCGUCGUCAGAUGUUGACAGUCAAGGAGGGUUGUUAGGGACUUCAGGUUCUUAGUUGAUUCACAGAUGAGUGGUUCGUUCAUUCGGGUUCUAGUACUUAUUUGCUAGCAGUUGAAAGGGGUUAGCAGGGGGGUUCGUUUGUUAGGUCGUCUUUGAUCAAAAUUCUAUACAAAGAUUAGGGUGGUCUAUACGAGUACUACAGUAAGUAGUUGUAUCUAGACUAUAGUAUGGUGAUAAUCCUGAGAAGUGUUUCGAUCAAAAUCCUGUAGUACAACUGGUGGCCGCGAGGCUAUGCCUUUCCUUGAAUAAUCACCAGUCAAAAAUCUGUCAUCACACACCAUUGUCUUAGAAAGGGUAUACUCUGAAAGGAGCGUCUAAGAGUGCGGGACUCGAGUUUGAAUCGGCACAACAAGGACCAGAACAACAACCCGUGCCCGACAGAGUCCUCCAAGUAUGGCCCUUUGCUGCUGUUGAGUCCAAUCAUUGGACUUGACUCCAAUCUAGUUUCUUCUUAACUACAUCUCUAGUUGUACAUGGGUAAAAAUGAUAUACCAGAGUAGUUUAUAGCACGCGUGGCGCAUGGAGUAGCAUGGAGUGCAUGGAGCGCAGAGCUUUAAGGGGCGCAAGAAGCUCCCCCUUUAGCUCCAUGCUACUCCAUGCGAUCCAUGCACUUCAUGACAUGCGAGCUGUGGCACCUUAUAAAUUGCUCCCUUAUGCUAGAUGAUAAGUACUACGGGAAGAUUAUAGAAAGAAUGCUACUAGAUAAAACUGAUAGACACUGACUAUACAUUUAGAUAUCCUACCUUGCUUCUUUCUCGUCAUCUAUUAAGGAGGUUCAUACACUUCCCGCGUGUUUUGUGCACUCUUCUUUCUGCUUCAAAGCUUAUUUAAGAGGUUAGCUCUAGAAGUGGUCCCUUCAUCUUCAAGAACCAAAAACGUGAAAGAUAUCUUGUGAUAUUCGUUCCACUCAUUCUGUAAGACUUGUUCUGCUUUUUGUCGCCGCUGUGCGUGUAGACCUUGCAAAGGCGCCCUAUCCCAUCCCCAGGGAUGCGAGUGGUUUGCCUAAGACUCUUGCUCUCUGUGCGAUAUUCAUUGCAUUGUACUGUCAGCACCUCGUGUGAGAAAGGCUUAGCAGAGGCGCCCUUCCCUAUCCUACCCUAUCCUACCCUAUCCUACCCUAUCCUACCCUAUCCUACCCUAUCCUACCCUAUCCUAUCCCAUGCUAGGUUAGUCCUCCCUCCAGUCACGUUGCGUUGUAUUGUAUCUCUUGGAUUGCAUUGCGUUGUGCUAUUGUACUCGAAUGUAUUGCAUUGCAUUGUAUAGUUGUGUAUGCUUCCGGUAUUUGGUAACCUAAAUUUGAUCAUAAGGGAAAACAAGAAGAGAACCCUUAGGAUGAAAUUCAGGUUACCAAAUACCAGAACCAUACAAGUUGCAUUGUGUUGCAUUGUCGUGCUGUAUCGAGUAUUGCAUUGCGCAUUGCACUGCGUUGUAUCGUAUGGUGCAGCACUCUAAUCCGAGCUAUCGGCCAUGAGGAGAUGGAGGAGGAAAAAUCGUACCUGCGCGGUAGGAUUAUGGCCACGUCGAGCAUCUCUUCAACUACUACUUUGGUGCUGGUGCUAAUAUUACUAACACUAACAGUAGGCACAACCACAACUACUUAGAAGGUUAUAUUAGAGUAGUCCGCUUUUCGAGUUACGGGUUGCUCGAGUUCUCUCGAGUUGCCACGAGUUGCCGAAACUCACACGCCCAGUCCGGAGCGAGUUGCUAACGAGUUCCUCUCGGCAGCUUGCCACUUUGAAAGCGCAGCACCCCGCGGCGGUAUGGCGGGCCAAGAUGCCGCGGAGUUCAGGGGGAAGCUCGUGGCCAGUUGUUUCGUGGCAGAUCUGUCGUUUGUAUUAAAGAGACACGCCCCGGCCGAGCUCUUCGGGGCUUGGGCUUAGCGAAAGUAUGAAGGCGAGCCCGGGGCCACCUUUUUGGUUUGAGUGGCGCGCGCGCAAGCCUUGUGAAGUGCAGCGAUUUCCUCGCGGUGUCGGUGUCUCUGCAUGGUCGUGCGCUGAUGUCGGUCGCGAUCUGGCUCUGUUUUUUUUGCUGGUGAGUGGCCAUCUUGUUCGGCUUCUUGGGGCCCCUGUUUGCGCUGUAGUGGGCUUACUGAGUAGCGCGCCGCCUAGUGGGUAGCGGUAGCAUCACAAGCAGGGCCCCCCUGAGCAGUGUAGAUGCACCGGGAUCGGAUUGGAGUAGGUUUAUUUGUGUGCUUGUUUUAUAGGGCAGCAGCUAUACCAGGCAGGCGCGCUAUCUUAGUAACACAAAACUACGAGGGCAGGGCCCUGGGUGGCGUUGCUCUUGUCUGCCCCGCGCAUGCAGCGCCUCGCAGAGAAUUGAGGGCGCUACUGGAGGCGUUCGCUUGUGAAGGUGGUUUGCGCCCCUGGGCAACGUGUUUGACGCUUCGAAGAUAGUGCGCCCGAAGGGCGCAGCGAAAAUUUUUUUGGUAUGAAACUCGUUCAACUCGAGCAACUCGAGCAACUCGGCCCGAUAUCGGGCGCAAAAAGUCUAGCUCUAUUAUAUGUAUCUAUAAAGGUUGUAGGUACUUCUAGAAGAAGAUCAAUUAUGGAUGCCAUCAAACGAUGACGCUCAGACAAGUGGACAAGUCGCAAAAAUGGUAACAGUAGGUGUACUAGAUUAUAUAGAUGACCUAAAAAAGAUAUAUGUGAUAUAUGUGAGUUCAAGGACCAUGGGUGACGAGUGGGUCCUCGUAGGAUGUCCUUGAUCUUUGUUGCCGUUCAUCUAUGACAAAGAUGGACAGUAGCGGCUGCGACUGCGUCUACAGCAAUCAUCUCUUUUAUCAAUCUGAUAGGCCGCAUACUACAACCGCAUGGAGAAGCGUUGAGUGCAUGGAGCGCAGAUCCAUACUAAGGGACGCAAGAGCCGCCCCCUUUUUUAGCUCCAUGCACCGCAUGCCGUGCGUGUUUUUUUUCUCUCCAAGAAGGACCUACUACUAGUUGCACUUACAAUUGAUACUACUUCAAGAAGAACAGGGCUGUGGCUGGGCCCUUCCUUUUAGUUAGGUUGCGUUUCCUCUUUCGUUAGUUUUCUAAUAAGAUAGGACUAGAAUGAUUUGAGGACCCCGAUCCGGUUGACCUCUUCCAUUUUCGAAUAAGAUUGGACCAAUGCGGUUGACCUCUUCCAUUUUCUAAUAAGAUAGGACUAGAAUUUGAGGACCCCGAUCCGGUUGACACGAGCUACGUUCCCCCGAGCUGGGUUGAGGGAGAUGCGGAGGAGGACGGUGGCGAGUACUCUCUUAGGGUUGAAGUUUCUGAAAGAAGUUGUCAGCUAUUAUUCUGGCACUAAGUAGAGCAGCUGGCUCGUUUUCUCUCUUGCUUUAGGUGUGUCCCUUCGAUCGUGCAAUACUAUUGAUCUUCCCCAUUCAUAAUGUUCUAUCUUGUUUUUGAAUUGUAUGAUAAGAAGUGUAUCCUUGUACUCCUCGAGUUGUCCUCUUAGGUGAGAUUUGUGGGAUGCGUAGUGGCUUCUUUGCAGGUCUUUGGCUUGGGUUGGAGAUGUACAACAUCAGUUGAUCCUUGAUUAUCACUCUUCCCUUUCUUCUGCUACCUCACACGCAUUGAUAAUCGCUUGUGGCUUAUCUAUCAUCUGCUUCGCUGGGGAGAUCGGAGAUUGAUGGCAUUGCUUAGAGCUUCGACGUUCGUGCAGUUUAUUCACUAGCUUCGAGCUUUUUACUUUUCUUCAAUCAUGAGGUAGAGGCGUUCGCUUGCGGUUCUAAUUAUAUCAAUCAUAAGAAUUGUGACGUUGAUAGUAGAUCUUCUUUUUUCGUCAUCUCCGCAGCUUCAGAAGAACUCCUUCGCCCCCUCUCUCUCUCUCAUGUCUUCAGGAUUCUUUCUGCUGAGCAGAUACUUUCCUUCUACUAUUUUUGUCAGGAGAUAACCCCCUUGACUACACUCAAGUGUUGGCCUUCAAUACUACAGGAGUCGCGAAUUCUAAUGAGAAUAAGAUCAGACAACUGCAGACGAUCGAAUGUCCCUGGUGGAAGCAGGACGUGGAUCCAGCAACUGCCAAGCCCUUGCUGCGAGGUGAUGUGCCCGCUCUCACGGCUGGGACUUCUGUUGAAGGAACUACACCUGGGGGAUUGCAGACUCUCAGUAAUAUCAAUAUGUUAAGGCAACCGUUAGACCAUCCUCAACACCAUCCCUGACACAUUUUCUAAAUAGUUUAUCUUUAAUUUUUUCGGAUUUAUGUGGAAUUUAUGUUUACCUGAUGUGAAAAUAUGAAUAAUUUGUAUGAUUUUUUUUCUAAAAAUCAAAUUAAAAUGAAAAGUAUUUUUUGAAAGAUUCUCAUAAGCUGCAGGGAGUAGUGGAGGGGGCAGUGGGAUAGGAGUACUAGCAGCGAAUUAUCAGCGGAAACAGAUGGGUGCGGAGUUUAGUGCAUGUGAUGGACAGAACCAUUCCAGGAGCGUAGACUCUUGGACGCCAGGGCGCUGCAUAGAUGGCUUUACCUUGCGUGAGCGGCUGUCCAUGGCAGGGCUUUCCGAGUGUGGGACUGAUGAUUUUAGAAGACGAAGCUGCAAGAGACUGCCAAGGGGAUGAGGAGGUGAUCGCAUUUAUAUGCAAACCAACAAUUUGAGUUACUCUGAAAGUUAAGACUCUACACCUUUUAAAGAGAUGCUAGUCGUGCUAGGGUUUUAGUGAAUGUGUUUUAUGUCUAGUUACUUGGACUAAUAUGCAGGACUUGGUGACCUUUCCGCUAUGAGUAAACGACCACUGUCAGCAUUGCGGGCGAAAGCUUCGCGAUUAAGCGAGGUCUUCACGAUAUCCAAGGGCGUUUCGACUUCGACUUGACCCGUGUAGAAGGGCGGAGUGCUGGAAAGUGGCACGAGAAAAGAAUGCCGCGUCUGCCCCUUGUUUCGAAGAGAAUGAAGGCGAUGUAAUUUGUUGGGAGAUUCUGGAGCAACGACAGAUCAGCUUGAAGUAGUUGGGGGUGGAUCUAGCAGCUUGCUGAUGGGCAAGUAAUCUGGCUGGCACAUGGGAGCAACCACCGAUAUGCACAGCCAGGAAGCACACAGCAAAGAGGUGGUUAGUACUGAUGGUUUACGGUUUUCGCGAUGGCUGAAACAUCAGGACUUGUUUGCUGUUGUGUGCAUGUGUCGGCCAUUCAGCAGCCGGACCAGAGAGGAGUACUGGAGGCCUGGAGAAGUCACCUGGUAAGGCUGUGGGUAUGGCAUCAGUAGCGGCAUGCAGGAAGGAACGCUCUUUGAUCAAUAAGCAUUGCAGGAUCGUUGUUUAGAUUUGUUCAUCAUGUCCCUUCUGCAUGCUGGUCAAUAUUAUGUCGCGCGGAUCUGUAGGGCGAAGUAGUGCGUCGCUGCUGCGGGAUCCGAUGGCAGUGCGCAGCAGCCUUUGAAACGGACGUGCUUGGAUUUCGGACGUUCUGUUCUACAUCCUGACCACUCUCUCAGAGGCAACGGAUCGACCAGUCAAGUCAACUGGCGACGAGGGGCCAGCAUUCAGAGCCGGAGUGGACGUAUUCUUUUGGCAAUAUGCUGAUAAUACUACAACUGCGCGGAGGUGUUUCUGACGACUAAAGGAUGCCAGCUGUCAUUUGCGAUUCCGAUCAGAUCCCAGCAUGUAGUAGUAGGACUUCACGCAGGCGCUGGCUGAUGGGCAUGAAGUGAUGAGCUGUAAACGAAUGAUAGUGGAUGCGGUGGGCCAGGUUCUGCAGAGCAUAUCGCACGGUUAUUGACGGAUGGAGCUUUCACGAGUUUGCGUUGAUCUGUUUUCAUAGUGGGCUACGAUGAUGCUUUUAUCUGAUUUGUUAACAAGCUUAGCGCCGUCGGCUGAAUUGGCCGGAGUUACAAUAGUUGGCCAGCAGAAUCGAGGUUAAAUUUCCACGAGAGGCGAUGUUGCAGCGAGGCAACGCCGUGGAUAAGACGAGACGGGGCACGUCGAGAUGCUUGUUUGCUCUCGGAGCUCUAGGUGCAGCCAAUCCAGCUGCUCGCCUAAGGCGUUGGUCAGGCGGAAAAGGAGGCUCGUGCACGAACGUGCAGCGGUUGCAAGAUGGGCACUGAGACAGAUCUAGAAGCAGUCGUGUGUCAAUACACAUGGCAGCCGAAGGCAGAGCAAGACCAAGACCGGGAGCAGUGAUCUUAUGGCUAAGGUUGCACUUUGGCAGUUGGCUACUCAACUUCUGAUGGGGAUUUAGAAUAUUUAGAUGAACUUUGUAACUAUACGAGGGAGAAUAGGGAUCGGGUCCGCAGCGUUGGUCUUGAAUUUGAUGGGGGUGUUUUCUAUAAACCAGCGGACGCCUCAGUAUCUAUCAGUAGAAAAGUCGACAAUGUGAAUAGUCAUUCAUAGUUGGCGUUGCCUCUCAUUUUUGCGAACUUGGACAGCGACUGGCCCGUGGAAAGAAGGGGUCGGCACAGAAGGGACGAAGGAGGACUUGCGGCUGAAUCGAGGAGCAGCGAUGGCAGAGUCUAGAGCUUCAUCUAAUGAACUUAACCAGACUGGGAUGGGACAUCAUGCACUGGCUAAUAUACAUGUUUAGCUGAACUUCUCUUGUCAGGAUACCAGUGCCUUGCUCUGAAUUGAUAGGAAUGUUUGAAACGUUUGUGGAUAUUGGCAGAAAGUCACGCAUGUCUGGCCUAGAUAGGAAAAGCACAAUCGGAAUUGUCUAACUUCUUGAUCUGUCCAUGUAUGACAGACGGCAGCUUUAGAGCUGGCAGCAGGUGUCUGAAUGGAUGGACGUGUAGUCCUGAAUCUGUUUCACAAAAGCCCAUGAGUCUCGGUUUUUGUUACUUUUUUUCUCAUCUGAAUCUGCAAAAUGGCCUAGAUCACAAAAACGAGUGAUGUUUUUUGUGACAUCCGAUAGCGUUGUAUGAUAGUCUUUUUUUCAACAGAUUGGGUCUCUUCUACAGAUUUGCAAAGUCUCAAUAUAGUUCCAUAUGUGUUAUAGUGUGCUUGAAAUUGAGACUGAACUUGAGCUCAUCAAUCCAUCAUGAUAAAUUAUAUGUAAAAGUUACGUUUUUUCUUGGAUUCUGAACACUCAUUACUUGUUAAUGCUCAUAUUUGGCUACAUUUGCUUCCUUCUUCUUCUUCAAUCAAAACGGGAUAGUCAUUGGGACACUCAGAGAGAUACAACUUUCCAACCGCAAGACUUUGAUCCUCGCGAUCUCUACAACGAUCAAACAAAAUGGUGGCUCGAGGCAAUAUCAUUGUUUCUAAAGAGGAGGCCAUGAAUCGCUCCAACACGAGCAACAGCACUUUGCAAGGACCGAAUAACGGUCCUUGCGCGAAGUCUGUCGUUCAGUUGAACACUGGCAUCUUGACCAAAGCGGUCAAGGUUGCCAUGCAGGACCUGAAGGACGUACUACAUAUUAAACCUUUGACAUUUGGUGCUUGGUUAGCUAUAAUGUCUUAAAUUUAGACUUUUUAGAUUGAAACAGAAAACAGGAGUACACUUGCUUGAUACGUCGUCACAACACCCUGACCAUCUGGAUUCACAGUAGAGGUUUCAUCAUGGAUAGAUUGUAACUGAUUUAGUUCCUUGUAUUAUGUUUCAUUGUAGACCGUCAAUGUACGCUAUAACCAGUAGAAGGCGUCAUCAUGUAGCUGGUUGGUUACUGUAUAGAGUUCCCAUGUCACUCAGUAUAUCCCUAUCCUAUAAUCACACACCAGGAAGCCGACAUCGCGGAAGUCUGUCCGACGAGGGCCAUGAAAGGCUAUGCCUUGGCCCGCAUCGCGAAAUGGCCUACCAGCCGCCAACUAUCUGGGUUCGUACCCAACGGCGCUACGUUAUUGGGUGUGAUCCACAGCUGCACGGGGAAGGUGCAUGAGGGCUACCCGGAAGCUUGGGCCGCGGUAUUGAAGAGAUCUGAAUGAUGUGUGAUGGAUAGUGAUGAUGAAAGAUGGCACAGUGAACAGGUGGGUAACCUCUGUUGCACUGAAAGUGUCUCGCCGAUGGAUUCAUCAGCUUGAGACAGAGCUCGAAGCUCAGAAUCUGUAAAACUGAACGCUAGACCAAACACUGAAAGAUUGACAUUGAAGAUCAGUGGCAUUCUUCACGGGUGAUUAUCUUGCAGUAGAGACUCACCAUGGUGAAACUCCUGCUCACGAGAUUGCAUCUACUCUUCAUUCAUCACUCACACAGGUCGUGAAGUGGGCCGCAGAGAAUGGAAACUCUUCGGAGGAAACCUUGUGGUUUGAAUGGUUCAAGCAAGUCUGCAAGAAUGGAGAGCCCGAUGAUGAUCGUGUUGGUGGUGAUGAGAUCGAGGAGCGCUGGCAAGAGUUCAAGUCGACCAAUGCUGGUCGUCUUGUUGAGGAGCAAAUUCCUGGAUACACAGGCCGUUCUCCCGGACCUUGUACUUCUUUAUAGCCAUCUUAUUGAAUGAAGUUUAGGCAUCAGAAAUCAGAUACAUCAUGUCAGAGUGAAACGUUGCGGAUAUGUUGAAGUGCCUGUUCUCUCAUUCUCUCCUGCGCGUCUGCUUGUUACAAUGUCAUCUUCCUCUUCCUCAGCCGCUCUGGGUCGUUAUGGAGCAGGAGCGAUGCGUGCGCGCACUCGUCGCGCAGGACCGGCACGAAUGCAUCGUCGUCGCACUCGACCGGCACGCCGAAGCGUUGCUCGUGCCCGGUGGUCGCAACGUGGCGGCAGGGCUCGCCGCAGCCGUCGACAGGAAUCGGAACGCGCCGUGGAGGGCCUGAGUGGUAAUGUUGAUCUUUGAAUAUCGAGUGUAUGAAUCUGUGAUCUCAAGUUUCUGUUCGGCCACGUUUCUGUCUAGCAUAUCCUUUCUUCUAUGACCGUAAGCAAACAUACAGAUUACUCUUGGUCUUCCGCUGAAGACAUGGACGACGAGUUUUCCGAUUUUGACGACGAUAUGAAUGACGACGAUGAGAGUCCCCGUGGCCGUCCUAAGCGCCGCCGUGUUUCUGGAAGUCCAAGCCAGGCCUAUCCAUCUUCGCACGUUCGUCCUUCGGCAUCUCGCCGCACUUCCACGGCAGCUCGCAGCAGCCGUCCUGCUGGUAUUUCCUUAUCUGGUUUGGAUGAUACAACAACAAGUUCAUGAAAAGUGUUCAAACGUGAAUGAAGAUUCUUUUCUCUAAACGUCGUUCCAUCUCUGAUCUAUCAUAUCGCUCAUUGCACCAUCUAAAGGCUCUUCGGCGUCGCGUGUCAAUACUGGUCGUCGUUCUUCCCGCUUUCCGGUGCGUCGUGGUUCGAAGAAGACACGCUCCGUCAAGAAGAACGAGCGCAAGCACAAACGUGCUGGUCACUCGAAGAAGCGUCCUGUUGGACGUCCGAUGAAGAAGCGUCCGGUUGGACGCCCGUCCAAGACUACCGCCAAACGCGCUCCGAAGCGCACGAACUCCACGAAGACCGAUGACGCCAUGGGCUCGGAAGCCCCGAAGAAGGGAGACGAACCUUCCAAGCCAGCAUCCGGAAAUGUGCCUCCACCUGGUAAGGAGAAUGCGCCGCAGAUGAAGACACCUUCCGGACGCAAGAAGGGUGCUGCUUCGCCCAGUGCGCCUGGACGCGAUGAGCCAGAGCCGUCUCCACCGAUCAUUCCGGCCGGGGAGGAGAAGUGGUCGCCACCGCUACCGGGUUCGGUUCUGUUCGGCAAGGAGAAUGAACCGUUCAUCCCCGGACGAGCGCGAUCCAGCACAGAUGUACCACAGCCGCCGAACCAGCACCGUCCGGGUGGUGCUGCCGCCUCGUCCUCGAAUCCGCAGCAAGCACAGAAAGGUGCUGGAAAGCGAGCUGCUCCGAAGCCGAAAGCGAAGACCCGCGUUCGCAACGCACCUCGCGGUCAGAACCGGGACCAACGACGAUCCGGAUUGGUCGACGAGCCGAGCCAGAUCAGCGAAGGCACCCUGAGUUCGGACGACGUGGCCGAAGACUGCGAUGAUACGGAUGAUGAGGAGGAUCCGAAUGACACGUACUCUGAUCUCGACGGGUUCGUCAUCGAUGAAGAGGAUGCAACCGACUCGGACGACAUCACCAUCACGACGAGCGAAGACGAGUAUACCGGUUCGGACUCGGAGAUGGAGGAUGUUGAGCAGCAGUAGACGGCUCGGUAUGUCGAUGUUGCGGUAGGCGAGGCACGGAGAUCCUGACAUGCAGACUCAACGUGAAGGGCGCACACAAGAAGGUCGUAUUGGAGAUUUGGAUCUAAGUCACGAAGAGGGGAGGAAAGUUGUUUCACUCUAGCACUUGGGAGAGUCGCUGAAUACAUCGUGCAAUAUAUCCACAUGUAAAGUUAGUAGUAUUUUUUGGAUUGAGCACAGUCUUUUUUGCACAGCGACAGUGCCAUAUGUACCACUGAAGUGCUGCAAUGUACAGAAUUUUGCUGUCUUUCUGAAAGACCACACAUGGGUGCAGCAGUGGUUGGGUGUCCCAGACAUAAAAUGCACUUUUUUUUGGAAAGUCAGGACCUCUCACGAAAGUAAAAGUAAGUAUGUCAUAGAGAGGUCCUGACAUGUACAGAUUAUUGGAUUUAGAAAACGAGGACGAGCAGUGGAGCCAGAUGAGGACGUGUGUUCAUCAGCUGUUCUUUCCUGAAAGGUGACGAGCGACGAGAGCAAUUGAGUGCUUUUUUCUGAAGAUUGAUGGUUGUUGCGAUUCCUAAAAAAAUCUAAAUAAUCUAAAAAAGCUAAAAAUGUUACUUGUAAUUCACCUGUAUUUCACCUGUAUUUCACCUUAUAAAACCUCUUAUUUACUCUAUACGAAAGCAGUGACGCGAGACAUCAACUUUGCACCCUUUUUCCCCAAAAGUGGCCUGUAUUUCACGUGUAUUUGACUUAGUUGAAAUAUAGGUAAAAUACAAGACCAGGUGAAGAUUAAUCUAUUCUCAAAUCAAAAAAUGGACGAAAUCGAUCCCGACGAACUUUUCAACUUGGAUCCGCCUCAGCCGGAUCCAAUGUCCGACAUCAUCCGUGUCGAGUCGAAGCGUGACACGUCUCUGAAUUUCGAGCUUCUUGCGACUCGAAGCGGCAACGUACUUUGCGUCGAUGUAGAUUUCUACCUUUUAGGUGGAGCUCUUGCAGACGUGAUCGACUUUCGUCUACACAGCCGCGAUGCGUUUCUGGUGGAUGCGACGGAUCCAGACGAGCCAAGCGGUCAGGCCUGGCGUCGCAAAGGCAAAUGCAACGAACUUGUCCUCUCCUUGUUCAGCAAGCAGGUGAUCAACGAUCCGAACAUUCGAUACUACGCACGGUCUUGCACGACGAACAAGAUCCUCAGUCAGGACUUUGUCGAGGUCGUUCCGGAAUCGGAACGCAUGCCAGACUUGAUGCCGGUUUACGAACUACUCUUGCUGUUUCAAGCUCGACUCAAGUCGGCGCGACGAGGGCGGUUGGCGUUUGAGCGGGAUUGCGGUUACACAGUCGAAGACCUUGGCUUGUGCUAUGCUGGCGUUUUGUUGGAAGUGUUUUACACACAUGGAAUCGACAUGAUGUUGACGGACAGGGUUUCGCUAUCGCGCAAGGUGAAGGUCGCAUACGUGGAGGAACUUCUCUACGACCAAGAAAACAAGCUAUCGGCGCAAGGUAAUAGGCAUUUGAGAUACAACAUAUGUCAUAGGUCUCUUGUAUUUGACUUGUAUUUGACCUGUAUUUGACCUGUAGGAGUCUUCAUCAUAUCGCGUUUUCAUCAUCUUGCAAUAUUUUCAGAAUUUUAGAUUAUUUAGAUUUUUAUAACAUGAAGAUGAAUAAAUCUAAAAAAUCUAAAAAGUGAGGUCUUUUCUAGGUCAGUUUCGUGUUUCAUAAGAGUCCGAAGAUCUUGCUCACCACCUUCAAAAGUAACAUAGAAACCCAACUCCAGACCCGUACUCUAAAUAAUCUAAAUUUUCUAAACAAUCAAAAACAUUGCAACUCCUGUGACGGAUCCUUUAUCUUAGAAGACCGUAGGGGAAGGGAUGACACGACUCGACUGAAGACCAUGCUGUAGUGAUUCUACGGUGUGCGUCUACUCAAUUCCGGAAUCUUGCUGUCUGAUCCCCGGCCCCUCUUCAUCGUUCUUGCGUUGAGAAUAAUAGUCAACUUUACUAGUCAACAUUUGGGUGACAAGAGAUGGCCAAAUACAGGUGAAAUACAGGUCAAUUAUUGAGUUUAGGUGAAAUACAGGUCAAAUACAAGUCAACUGCAAGGUCAAAUACAGGUGAAAAAUCUAGUGAAAGUUUUGGUCGAUGAUGAGGCUCCAUCGAGUACUGACAUUCACAACUGGACUGCUCCGGUUGUGAAGAAACGUCAACUCUCUUGCAAGACUUCUGAGAUUUUCAUGUAAAUAUAGUGGCAAUUCUAUUGUUCUCUCUGUGAGUAGUUUUCAAAUGUAUUUCCACAUCAUGAAUUUCCCAAAUUUUUCAUUCAAAUGAAACACUCUCACACGAUCUCAAAAACAAACCAGGUAGUCUACAAGUGAGCGAGUUGCCGAAAAGAAUGGGACCUACGCAGUUUCUGGCGAUUUGCUUGGAGUAUGGACACUCUAGCUUCCUACGCAUCAUCGCUGAUUCGUUAUCUGUGGAAUACGAGAAGCUUCUACUCGAGACAGGGAUGCCCAUGGAGUCAGGUGCUAACUUUCUAUUUCGAAGUUGUUCUUGAGUUGAAGAAUACAAGUGAAAUAUAGGUGAAAUACAGGUGAAAUACAGGUGAAAUAUAGGUUAAUUGUGAUUAUUGUCUUCUUGUUCUUGGUGAUCAAAUAGCAAGCUUCUCAACUUACUGAAUGCUAAGACCUAGUCUUGUUCUGUUACUCAUCUGGAGUUGUUUAGUCGUUGAGCAUUUGCGUGACGUGUAUCAAGACCCUUAUAAUGUCGUAGCGAUAAACUUACUCUCCAAAUUGAAUUUUAUUAGCUUUUCAAUUUCAAAACGUAAAAUUUUGUUUUUAUUCAUUGAGUGGAAAACUUAAAUUGUGACGAUCGCGAACGAAUACACGCUUUGUCAGCCAUGAUCUGGAUGAGAGACAUCACGCUUACUACACAUUUUCGCUUGAAGCCCCAUCUUAUUCCAUGAAGUCUGGUGUAGCCUAUUGCCCUCUCAUGUACAAACUUACCAUCUACUCCAGGUUGGAAGCGAUGCAGACGAGCGGAGUACGCUACGCGUGUACCAGUAACGGGCGUUCAACCAAUUCCACCUGGGCAGCAGGUCACCACUUUCCAGGACAAGAUUGCGGUCCUCGCGACAGAGGAUGGGCAUCAUUCUACGCGUACGCGAGCACGAGGGAAUCUUCUGUGGGGUCAUCUGGUAACGUUAUUGACCUUGAAGGUGAAGAGCAUGGACGAGGAGCACAGCGAUCCUUCUAAUCCAAUCGGUCUUGCCAUGGAUGGUGUAACUAUCGGAGGAAGGAAGUUCAAGAACGUGAGGAUUCGAGGGGACUGGUUUCACUCUGGUUUGAUGACGACUCUCCAGAUUCCGCCGCUGAUCAUCGAGCAGUACACUUCGAAGGACAUGGCAGAUUACAUCAAGAGCAACGUUCGCCUACGUCGCAGUGAAGCUGACAAAGACAGGCUGAAGCAGUCCGUGGAAGCUGCUGCAGUUCGGAAACGUUUGAGCUGGUUGUUCAGCACCUUGUCGCUGCUGGAGGAGCGUGGCGUGCAUCUAGCAAUCGAUAAAGGAUCAGAUGAGAGAUUCUUUUGGUGUUGGUGCCUGGCGAACGGCUACCGCAUUGCCAUCGAUUUCGAUCAACCUCACGUUGAGAGCCGAACGAUGGUACGACUGGCUGAGUUCCUUCUUCCUGCUGAUUUCGGGAGGUUCACCAAGAUCAGAUCCACUGCUGAUGGAGUGUUCAGCGUGCGGAUGGGUUCGUUCUUCCGUGCAUUCAGCAGUCUUCCGAAUAGCGAUAUGAUUGAUCUCCUUUCUGAUCUACAAGAUGUCGCUAUGCAGGUGACGGGAAAGCAUGUUGACGAUCCGGAGUUUUGCGAGUGUAUGCGGGACCGCGUGGCGACGAUCAGUGGAGAGCUGAGCAAUUUCAGCGGCAGCAAGCGGUGGGCCAAGUAUGCGCAUGCGGCGGAAUUCGUUUGCGAGAAUCGAGAUCUACUCAGUCUAGUGGUGCAUGCGCUUUUGGAGAAAUCGAGACCUGCUGUACUUCGACUUCCAGCGAGGGUCGGAAUCGACGUGGCGAAAGAAUCUGGCCAAACUACGCGAGUCACACUGAACCAUAGUGACCUGGUGAACGCCCGAAUGACUCUCGAUCAGCACAAGCUCGCUGAGUAUGACGAUGAUAUCAGUGACAAUGAGGACCGCGGUACUUUUCUAUGCAGUUGGUUAGCAUUCUUGUAGUUCCUACUUGAAAAGACUGUGCAACAUAUUCUAUAUCUGUACUCCAUACAACGAAGACAACUUGUUGGUCAUGACAGAAAGAUUCUCGAUUCACUACUCCUCUUCAUCUUCUCGACUUGCAUCCAUGUCUAAAUACAUUCUGUGCCAGAUGAUGAGGACCGUGAGAAGCUGAAAGACGACGAGCGAGCCAAUUCCUCUGAUGAAGACGAGAUUCGAGCAAAAGCGGAUCGGAUUGAACGUGCCAAGCGGGUAGUUCGUGAUGAUGAAGAAGCUGAUCAUCAAGUGGUGGGCGACAAGAUGAACAAUGACGCGACUUUCCUGAGAGAAAGGAAUAAAAGCAAGAAGAAGAGCGCUAUAGCUAGUCGACGACUGCACUUGGAGGUUUUGCCGCGGGAGUUCGACCAUGACGUUGUUUUACCUGGUGAUCCAAUUCGGCCAGCUCGUCCGACCGAGCGAGAAGUCGACAAAUCUCUGCUCGCGAUCUUGUGGAACGUCAUGAAUGACCCCGAGGACAUGCUUCACAUUCUUCUAUACCGGCGUUUGUGCGGACCUCAGCUCUACUAUCACAGCUUGGGCAUUAUGUUGAGUCACAAUCACCUCUAUGCUCGCAAGUUUCUCUACACGCAAUGCGCGGAUCUACUGGCAGAAAACGCAGCACUCUUGAACAGCCAACAGAGUGCAGAGUUGAAGCUAUGGGUUGAGAAGAAUGGCCGUGAUGAGUACGUGUGCAAGCGACAGGGAGACUUUUUCUUAGAGGUACUUUGAACUGUUUGGAAACUCAGAAACUGAUACUGUUUUCUCCGAUAGAUUCACGUGCUACACACCAUCUAUUACUUUGGAAAAGAGUCUUUGCGGUUCUGUAUUGAAUCUUUAGGCCCAUUCUACAUUGCCGUUUCAAAAACAUCCAGGUACUUCGAUCAACGAUGCGAACUGCGCAAGUGCGAAUGGCUCUGCAGCAACGUAUUUGGAUGUACAGUUACAUGGGCGGUGACGACCUGACGUUGGAUGAGGUGAAGAGUCAGAAUCAAGACCGCGACUUGGGCAAGCACUUCAUGUACAUCUACGACAACAGGAAGAAGUGGCAGGAGAAGAGUGGGUUUGAUGAGUCAGGCCUGAGGACUUGCGACUACAACUGUGACCUACUAACGACGGAGCGGGAUCCUAUGACGAAUCGCGAAGUAGGUGGUCGCAUUGUACUGACGAGCUACACUAGCUGGCGCCCGAGACGUGUUCAAACUCCAGCGAGUUUUGAGAAACGACUGGCUCAUGUAAUGAAAGAUCUGCAGACUUGGGAUACGGAGCAGGCCGAAGCUGUCCGCAGAGUCAUGAUGAACCAGCACAAGUACUACUGUGUGAAAGAGUUUCAGUCCUUGUUGGAUGAUGGCGGCUACGUUGAAGCAGUGGACUUUGCAACGAAGUGGAACUCAUGCCGAACGCUGGGGACAAGGGAUAUUGAGGCAGGUGGAGGAAAGCAAAGCCGGGCAUGUAGAAAAGCAAAUCAGAGUGGUUCUGUUGUCGGGGUACUUCAAAAGUGUUCUUGUAUCUGUAGAGCGAGUUAUUUAAAGACUUCAGUAUUUAGUUUCUAACAUCUGACUCUCUUCGAAAUUCUACACGUUCUUGAGCUGAUUUUUCCGAUCCAGAUUUCCGACUAUGAUCUUCAUCCUUCUACUCUAGUUUUCAUAUUAUGAUCUUGUUAUCGCAAAAGAAUCGAGACCUUCGACACUAUCACACUUUGCAUCAAUUGGGCUGAGCCCUUCACCACUACUUCAUCAUCUCACAUCAGACCAUCCCGUAUUACUUGUACGAAGCGACCGUGCCGGUCUGGAUUCCAUGGCUGAAACCAGUGAACCCGUUUCCACGACCUGGCCAAAAGCAGAGGCAAGUUGGUUUCAAGGAGAAUUUUUCAGCGUUAGAUGGACGUGGUCGACCUGAGGACUUUGCUUGUGACAGCAAAGCGGAGCUGCAGACGCUCUGCUUCGGUGAUGGAGCCUUUGAGUCGAAUACCAUCGGUCUUUGCAGCUUCGCCGACUUUCAGCAGUGGUACAAGGAGUACACUGACUGUCCUACGAAGCGUGAAGGAUCAGCAGUGCAGCAGUGUCGGGAGUAUCUGUCUGAAAUGCCAUCUGUCGGUCAGAAGGAAAUCACAGCAGAAAUGGGCUCCGUGCUGAAAGUGAACCCGACGGAUCAUGGAUUGAGCGAUGCUCAGCUGGAGGGGAUGGCGGGUUUCAAGAUGGAUCCGCAAGGGCUUCCAGACGUUUUUGAUGCUGAGAUGUUCUUGUACGAAUGUGAAGACCACAUCUCGUCUGACACUGUGCACUCGCAGAAAGUUUGGCGUCGUGGAAGACUGCAGGCUUUGUACCUACUCGGCAUCUUACAGAAGAAACGACUGCGCAAGGAGCCCCUCGUCCUGAAGUGCAAGCAGAGCUACACGCCGCGGGCAAACAACAACAUGCUUGUUUACGAUGUGUUGGUCGAUAUUUGCAUGGUGAAGUGCAUCGAGCUCAAUCCGGACGACAAGGGCGACCCGACGGACUUCAAGCGCAACAGCGCUGGCGGCAAGGAUGCAGAGAAAGACGCGACGAAGAACCCGGCAUCGGAGGAGCAUGCCGCCGAGUCUAAACAGGCAGUUCCGGAGAAGCCCGAGGCUGGUCCAAAUCAGCCAGCGAAAGAGCGUACUUUUAUUUGAUCGACUGUUGAUCUUCUCGAAUUCGAAUGUCUUUUCAUGAGUAAUCGUGUUAUUUUUUCAUUAUUCCAAAAGCGCAGGUUUGUUGCCCCCGGACGAUUUCGAGGAGCAAGAGGUGGAUGCUGACUCGCGCAGACGACUACAAGCAAUCGAUGGGUCGAAUGCAGACCUCAAUCCGCUCAGCAAAGAGCGGUACCUGAACGAUUUGGAUGCGGGGAAGACCGUCUUGUUCAAGUUGCCGGAGAAGAGGGAGAACUGGAUGUUUCCUAUCCCGACAUCGAUGAUCGCGCAGAAAAGCUAUGUCAAAGGGCUUGUGCUGCAGCCCUUCAGCAUCGCAGAAGGUGGAGGCCAUUGCUGUCAGCAAAUGCACAUCGUCGACGAUGCGUACUGGGCUCGUGAUGAACAAUGGAGACAACGAAUUGCUAUUCCGGGCAAGUCUCGAAUCAUGCAGCCGCUUGCUGCUGCGGAAGAAUACGGCUUCUUCGUCGACGACAACUUUGCGAAGGGAUUCAAGGGUGGCCGCAAAGCGAACAUCAUGCAGACAGUGAAGCUACUUGCCCACGAUGAACCACGCCGCCUCGAGUUGAUCCGUGGCACCGAUUGGACGACCAGUGGUCACGACGAGGAUACGGGAGAAGUCAUCAUCAACGGGCCGCUUGGUCGACUAGAAUCUGCGAAUGUGUGUCAUAGAACUCAAACCAUCCGCUCUGUCGAGAAUCCGCGAAUGGUGCUUGCUGCUAUUAUCGACCCGGGAAUAGUCGAGCGCAAUUGUUCGCGACGGUAUUUGACAUCUGUUCAUCUCUUCGAAACUGAUGACGUCAACUACAUGUCUCCGCCGUUGAGUCCAGCCAGUCGAGCGAAUAUGAGUAAGAAGGAGCUGGAGUUGUACGACGCUGACCGCGCAGAACGAGCGAAGGCCCAAAGUGUUGUUGCGUAUGACCAGAACAGGCACAGAGCGGUGGCUGCGGCCGGUGCUGCGAAGAAGAAGGAAUCUGAAGAGGAGAAAGAAGAGGACGUAGCUAGCAGUGGUCGUGGGUCGGAGGCUGAUGAAGAGGAAGAGGACGAGGAUUCGCUUGGCGCUUUCUUCAUGGAGGUCAGCGAGGAAGUCAAGAAACCCGUCGUGGAGAAGAAGGAAAAGAUCAAAGUUGCAGCUCUGUUCAAGUUCGUUGACGGUCUUUCGCUGACUACACGAGAAUGGUCGGAAUUGUACUACAUCAUGGCCAUGGGCCAGACGCGAGCUGAGCAGCACUUGAUCAACCGCGGCGUUUAUCCGGAGAGGAAGUUGACGAACAAAGAUGGUCUGGAGGUUCUGACGCACGUUUCUACUCUCACAGCAACUUCACAGAAGGUCAUGGCCAAACUUUUGUCGGCGUCGAUGGAUGCAGACAAGGCCGAACGCCAGGAAGAAAGCACAACUGCGGACAAGCAGAAAAAGAAAAUGGCUACGAAGAAGGCGAUGAAGGUGUCGAAGGUGCAGCAGGUGGCCAGAUCUGUGGAUCAGGUUAACGCGGUUUUGAACGGUGAUGCGUUUGGCGGUGCGGAUGGUGGCGCAGCUGACGGUGACUUCCUGGAGGUAUUUAUAAGAACUUGAUGUCACUUGAUCAUGCUAAUCUAAUAAACAAAAGAUCUAUAUGACGAAAAGGCUUCUGAAUUAACAAUCCCUCACUCUCCUGACAGCGCCGCAACUCGCAGGGAAGCUACAUUGGUGACGAAUGGGACGGUGCUGACGAUAUGAUUGCGGAGAACGAGGUGUGUUGCGAAGUAGCUGAUGUUCCGACGGAUGAAGCAGCUCAGAUAGCACGCCGAAAUAAGUGGCUAACCACGAAGAACGCUGAGUAUGCAAGAGAGUGCAAGCUGCGACUCCAUCGAGAUGAGGACUUGGUUGAUCUUCACCUGAACGAGCGCGCAAACGGUACGAUUGUCAGAUGCGACGACUGCAAGAAACAGAUCGGUGUGUAUCAUCGCAACUGGAUCUUCGCGAAGAACGGACCGACGCUACGGUUUUACUGCUCCAACACCGGAGUGAAACCGCCGGGACCAAUGUCGUCGAAGGCAACCGGACCUGCCUCCCAUCCGCGCCUGAAGAGCCCUCCAGGAACCUAUCGCUGCUAUUGUGGUUGGUGGAGAGGAGGAAAAUGCUACAAGGAUGAGACAUAUACGGAGCUAAUUCCAUUGGGCCACAUAUGGAAUUGCAGUCUCGUCCAGGCGCGGAACGAUAUGAAGCGUAACGACAGUGAUUGUCGUCGAUCCUGCAAUGUGAUCCAGAACUUCGUGUGCAUUCCGCGCACGAAGACAUGGCAGGCUCGUACGCUUGAGCGCGACGGGGAGGUGUAGUAGACGUCUCAUGACGUCUACAUCCAUGGGCUGCAGGAGGAGACGCAGUCCAUUUCUAUGUUUUUUUUGUACAAAACAAUAUUUUUUUCUGGGGCCGGCAAAUUCCGGCAUUGUGGUACAUUAUUUUCCCAUGCACAUUCAUGGGCAUGAAUUCAGUCAUUUUUUUUGCAAGGACAUUGUACAUCACGGUUUUGCGGGACCUUGCCGACAUGGAUACACACGAGCACAUCUUGGACAUACAUGAACAUAGACAUGUAUAGACAUUUACAUACACAUACAUACUUUCAUAGGGCAUAUUUCCAUACAUAUUCUAACUGAGUAGUAGCAGUAGUAACUUCGAUAGGCUUUUUCAGAGUGUGUUCCUUCUAAUUCGGUUGAAAGAAAGCGGUCGUGCCGUCGGUGAGAGGUCGGAGAAAGAUCCUAAAAUUAAACCAAUGAUCUCUGUAUAUCUGGCAUUCUGUAAUGAAAUCUGUCAUCUGAGACCAAGAAAACGAAGACUGAGAAAUCCUUGUCGGCUGACCUCUAAAUCUGGUGCAGAGAGAUCAUAUCGGCAGAGAGACCGUUCAAGAGCGUUAUUCUUCUAGUGCCUGAAAAUACUUGAAUUUUUAAUUUUUUAUGCUAAUAUUUUUGCUGAAAAAUGUAUUCCUCACUUGUUGACUUUCCGAUAAUUUUUUGGUUAAUUAUUUGGAAAUUAUUGAUGAAUGAAAAUAAAUGUGAGUCAGGGAUGGUGCCAGGGAUGCAGCCUGCAUCGCUCUAAAUAUGGCAAUGGCAAAGACUUUCAAGACGCAUCUUCUUCAUAAUAACACUUUCUUCUUCAUACUUUACUGUUUACUCCGUAUCUAUACAAUGAGACUUAUAGUUCCUUUUCUACUUCUUGUUCUUCUUGUCUUUGUGGUUCCUAGUUGGGCUGGCUCCACCACUAUUAUACGGCCAUCUUAUGACAGUCUGUGUCUGAACUACUCUACACGCACACUAAUACAAUGAAACGUAGUUAAGACAUGAUGAUCUACUUAAGACAGUCUGAUCUUACUUUCGUAGAAGUAAUAGUACAAUACGACCAUAAUUUUGAGAGUUCUCUCUCUAACAGUGAAGCCGGUCAGGGGUGGAGCAGGCUCAUGUACCAUGCAUUCGAAAAGGCGGACGCUGGCUCUCCCAGCUGGGGCACUUGGUUGAGCGAAAAACUUUUUAAGGCUUCUACUUCUAGUUGUCCGUCUCGGUCUUUCAGCGCUCCCUCGGCAAAUGCAAGCUGCUCAUCUUGAAGAUUUGAAGGGAAAUAACUCGACGGGAACAAGGUGGAGCUGGUCUGGAAGGAAAGUGACUCAAUCAUUACUAAUUCAUGAUUUUUAGACUCCUUCUACGAAAGUACUCCGACCACUUCCACCACUACUAAUACUCAUUUUGAUGCUGUCUCUCUACUUAGAAGUAGUUGCUCAAGGUGGAAAAGAUGGGUGACGAUUUGAUUGGCGUUAAUCUUCCUUGGCUUCAAGGGACUAUUAAGUCGCAGGUGCGGGAGGUGAAGAAAAUCGCGAAAGAAGAGCGCGGCCUCUGGAUGCGUCUGCUGGUUUUGCGUAGCCGUCUGAUGCGGUAUCCUGAUGAGCGCGCUGCUCUUGGGGACAAAGGAGUUAUGGGUGGAACUCUUCUUUUUCACUAUUCACGAAGAAGAUAGCCAUUUUGGCUCAAGGGUUGUAAUUCGGCCGCAUAUCGACAGGUCUGCUUUUGCAGGUUUAGGCUAGCGCCCAAGGCCGACAGAACUUAUAAGUUCGCGCAUAUAUUUUUUGAGCUUAUGCUCCUUUUCUACGCAUGAGGUAAGGCCUUCCGGGCGAUCUUCAUUAUAGGGGGGACACUAGUUAAGGAAACUCACACUCAGAUGGCCACGGUCUCCCCUCAUCCUCGGCCCUGGACUCUCCACUAUUCCCGCCAGUUAUAAGGAAGCUUUUAACUAUUGUUCAUCAACACACGACCAGUGAAGGAAAGUGAGAAUAUGGAUAGCCCCCCUCAUCCUCGAGGGCCAGCUCCUUCUCUCCUGAAUGUCUUCGACCUUUUCCCCUGAAUGUCUUCGACCUUUUCCCCUGAAUGUCCUCGGCCUUUUCCCCUGAAUGUCCUCGACGAUCUUCCUCACUAAUAUGGUCGACCAUCUGAUCCCUCAAUCAUCCGCGAUCAUCUUGAGGAUAGAUCGUCCCCUCAUCAUUAUAGUAUUUUCAUAUGAAGAUAUUGGCUUGGCCUUCCAUAAGGACAGGCCUACUGUACUGGACGAAGUACUGACUGAUUUUAGACCAGGACCUUUCUCGUCGCACAGCCUAACAUUUUUUUUUGUGGCUAGCUGAAGGAGGCCCAGCCCUCGUUUCAGGACUGACGCCGCCACUCCGCUAGUUUUGCAGUGGACCCGCGGAGCGGGACUGCCUUGCUUCCCUGGGAUGGCGAAGCAUGGCCUCUAGUAUUGGCGUCUCCACAGGUGGGGCCGCCUUCCGUCACAGGCUCUUGUCGGAGGCGCUUGGGAGGGGUGUCAAAAAGGGGGACAAAACGGGCCCACCUUCACUCUCCAAGCAGGUCGGGCCACUUCUUUGGCGACAUCUUUAGCCCUAAGGCGGUCGCCUCAAGGCACCCCCUAGGCCCCACGAGGUGGGGCCGUUUCGGUCUUCGUAAAACGUGCCGGCAGUCUAUUGAAGUGAAAGGCAUUCGCAUCCCAAAAAAAGGUAAGGGUGGGAAACUUUUGAAGCCAAAGCGCUGCAACUGAAAUGCGAUGGGUGCGCGACGAUUACACUACCAAGAAGCGGCAAGGAUUUAGGCAGGGACACCAGGCUGCGCCGCUGCAGCUCGCGCAGCCGGAGAGCGGACACCCUGCACCAUGCGGGGCCCCUUCUUUGGAUGGCUGGGCUGUCACAAUGGCGUCACCUUCACGAGGCAGCGCCGCUUCUUGUGGCCUUUCUCAUCGGCGAUCCAGAGUGAGCCCCUGCGCUGAGGGGUGGCGCUCAGGCGUCACGUGACUGGCCACGACUUGUGAAAGGAUUCAAGAAGCGGGACCCGUGACACCUGACAGAUUUGGGUUUUGCAUUUUGGCGCAUUUUGCAACGCCCUACGCCAACCAUAAUGUGGCGCCAAAAUCCAGCUGAUGCAGUCGACUAGAUACUCGGGCGCCAAGAUGCUUUCUCAGCGCCUUUCGGGCAUCCGCAACGGGAGGGCCCGACCCAUCACCAAGCAGACAGAUUGAGAAAGUUUUUCGGCGAAGCCGUUGGUCCCAUUAAUCGAGCAGCGGGUGCCCGGUCGCGCCCCGAGGCUGACUCUUGCAUGCCUUAGUUACCCUGACUUGGACGGCUUCGGCAUGUGAAAAGCGACAGAGCUGACACGCAUCGCCCCCGUGCAACUAGCCCAGGCCUGCACCGAAGGCCCUGCGCAGAGCGAUCCGGCUCAAGCGAUGACGACUUUGCCGACUUUGCGAUCCUUGAAGUUUCAGAUUGCCGACUUUGCCAAUGAAUGAGAAAGCAGGUUAUUUCGAAAAAUGGUGCGCAAAAUUUUCGUUCCCCAUUUUUGUCGAAGUUUAUUUUUUCGACCAAAAAGCAUCCGCUUGGGGUGCUUCUUGGUUGGCUCUGGCUUUUUGGCUGGAUGCUGCCACCAUGCGCGACGGGCCGGAUAGCCUUGGCAGAUGCUUCGCUGCGGAUAUCGACGGCCCCGCUGCCUACGCGGUGGCCAGGGUGUACGGGAGUGCGCCAGGCCUUGCCACUGGAGGCAUUUGAAAAAAGUAAAUGGCUGCGCAACGAAAAAAGUCCGGGUCUAAAAACUCUGAAGCACUACGCUAGCCCCAUAUCUAAUCUAAUCAGGAAGUUGCUCCUGUCAGUGUUAGUCCAACAUAUUUUACAAUAUCGAAUGCACGACAUCAAUUAGGGCUACCACCUCCUGCCAGGCACGUCAGUCUUGCUUGUAACUAUUCUAAUCUUGGUCUUCUUCGGUUGAAAACUACAAUUUUCAAGCCUCAGUAGAGUUACCUCAAGUAGACGAGCAUGCAACUUUUCUAAUCUUAGUCAACAUGCGAACACGAACUCACUGGAAGGACACGAUCCAGCUGAAAAAGAGCGGUUUGAGAAGGAUGCCGCUGAGCUGUGGAAAGUGUGGAAUCUUACGGCUUUGGAAGGUGUGGAAUUAUUAGUUUUUUACAUUGCACAUCAUUUGUCUUUUUAUUUUAGUACUUACCUUAUUGUUGACAAAGCAAGUUGCUUUGUUCAAUAUAGGGACACCUUAACCUUUAUUGUACUUAAGUAAUACUUUCAUUUGAUGACCUUAGUACUAGUACUACUUAAGUAACUUUCAUUUGUCCUUUGUAGGUCCAUGCUUGCUUCGUGCCCUAUCGAACCUCGUCAAAACGUACACCUCGUCAUUUGUCCUUAGAAGUCUUCUCUUGCCUGUAGUCCAACUUUUAUAUCCCCUCUACUUGCAAUAAAUAUAAGAUCAAAGCAAUCUUCGAGGGCUACUUCUGAGGGACGAGUACUUCUGAGCACAUGAAGAUACAUGAUUGGUAGUCUGAGUUGAAUCAAUCAACUCCGCUCUAAGAGUAGGAUCUUGUGGGAGGUGCGGGGACUUGGUGCUGAGCAGGCUCCUACCUGGCUGAGCGUUUCCGAAUCUCUAUCCAAGAAAAGGGGGAUGUUUUCCCGAGACUAUUUAAGGCAACCCAGUACAUCUAGUUGCGCAAACACCUACUUACCCAGUAGCAGUGGACCCACCUCUUGUGUAAAAUAUCCCCACUUGCUGCAGAUCAACAACAUGUCAGUAGAAGUAGAUACUUCUGCACAAAAUAACAAUGGCGCUAAGUCAGCUAAGAACUGCACGAGAACGGUCUCUAUGUGUUGUCGCCUCCUCGUCCUGGAAGUGCUUCGCUUAGCGACUUUUGUCACUUGUUUCCUCUUGGUUUUUCUGUCGUUUGGUUUCGUUUCAUGUGAUUCCCCGCGCCCCUCCAGAGUCCACCGCAUCAGCCUGCAAGUGUGUGCCUGGGGAUUCUGGAGGGGCGCGGGGAUUUGGAUGGCGCCCGGGGUUCUUGGCUCGCAAUUGGGGGAAGGUUUUCGCGAGGGGAGCGCAGUAGGCGGCGAGUGUUCUGCGGAUCCGUAUCAUGCCCGGAAAGGUUGAACUCUGUCCGGAUUUUUGCCGUCCUUCGUUGAAUUUUCUCCAAUGUAGAAAAUUAUCAGAAUAGACGCAAUAUUAAAAAACAAGAAGAGCGGGCAGCUUUAUACGACCAGUUGUAGAGUGGAUGAGGAUGGUUGUCUUACAACAAAAUGGGUGACGACAAUGAAGAGUCACGACAACAUAUUACAGCAAGGAAGAGAUGAGGGAGAAGAGCUAUCUUCACUCUACCUCUCAUUCUCUCCGGUGCUCAGUCACUCCUGCCUGGGCCUUGUGUUCAGUCACUUAGACGUCACUCUCCCAUCUCUCUCUCUUUUGUUUGCUCAGUAUGCUGAGCGGGUCCCUCGUAUUGUCGCGAGCGGUAGUAUUCCUAUUGAGGAGAGUGAUAUUCCACUACUCUCUUCUUUCCUCUUUGUUACUAACUGAACACUCACAGCGCCGUGGCACCCCGACUUUACAUCGAACCAGAAGAGUCAAAAGUAGUGGGGCUUGAAGAGUCAAAAGUAGUCAAUACUCACACAUCAAGGGGAACAACUUUUCACUUCUAUUGAGGAGAGUGAUAGUGGUAACCUCUAAACUACGCGAAAGACGGAGACGGACCGGACGCACUGGCGGACAAAUUUUUUAAUGUUUGGCUACGGCUCUACUUAACAUCUUUAUCGCGGUCGAUGGCACUAGUAUUAACUUCUUUGAGCUUGAGAGUUUGAGAGGGUUCUUUGUCAACAUGAUAAUGGGCAGCUACAGGCAUGCGAAUAUUAAGUUUUAGUACAGUUGUAACUAGUAUGCAUUUCAUGCACAUAAGCAAUUAUGAUUAUGAUGUACAAAAAUAUAUUCAUCGUGUUCUACUUCACGCUACUUCUCAAAAAAAAACGGAGAAGAUGGGUCAUCUUUGAUGAAGAAGAUAAUGGGCCCUGUCUUCUUCUAUCAAAGAUGAACAACGACAAUAAUUUUCACAUCUGGUCAGGAGUCUAGAGUUGUCCUCUAGACUCUUCUAAUUUGUUACCGAGCAUUAAUAACACAAUAAUUUUUACGUAUCAGUCUUAGGCUGUCUAGAGGACUCUAAUUUCCGAUGAUCAAAAGAGCAGACAUAGAGACGGGGACGAGGACGAUGUUGACGAUGACGACAAUGUUAAGGCAUACAGACAAAUCUAGAAUAUCUUUCCUGCAGCUUUUCCUGGUGGUGUAAUGAAUCAUUUUUAGUAGCCUCGCGUGCACCUACAUCAUUAUGAAGAGAGACUUGCAGAGCAAUCUUUGAUCUAUUUUGUUUCUACCAGCAGGACGACAUGAAGAUGGAGGAGGGAUUACGAUUACAACCGCCUAUUACACAGUUUUUGAUUACAUGAUGUUGAUGAUGACCUUCUCUAAUCAUCUGGUACGGGCGCUGGAUGCAGGAGAAGCAGGAGACGAAGAAGAAGAAGAUGACCAGGAUUCCGCGGAUAAUGCGGGUGGAGGAGGCGCUGGCCCUAUGGUUAUGCCAAAAGAUAGCUUCAGCACCAUGAAAAAAAAAAAAUGACUCCUACUUGGAAAAGGUGAAGCCUCGUCCAAGGAUAUUAUCCCUGCUCUCAAGGAAUCAUGAGAUGCGAAGAAGUCCUCGGUAGCUCGCUCUAAUGUCAAAGAUAAGGCGUCUGGUGAUGGGGCCAAUGAUGACGCAGGGACUCCACAAGAAAGUGCAGCUCGAGACCGAGAGCAGGCUCCUGGUGAAGCAGAUGCUCAAAAUGAUGCAGGAGAAAAGCAGCGUGGUACGCUUGAGAGAGUUGGUACGGCACUCAGCAAGGGUGCCAGUGCGGUACUCUCCUCUGCCCAAACGGUAGUCUCUGCACGUCGUGCAGGUGGAGGAGCAGCGCCUGCUACUACUGUUCAAACACCUAUAGCAGCUGGAGACACAAAACCUGAAAAUUCACCACCUACAGGAUCCACAUCCGGAAAAAUAAAAAGGUCUGUUUCUGGCCUUGGUGGUGUUGCUGCGCGCGGAAGGGCAAGCACAGGCAGAGGCUUUAACUGGCCUCUAGGUAGAAGCAGUAAAACAACAGCAGCUUCUCUUCUCGAACUCGAGAGUAAUAGUACUUCUUUGGAGGAAACUCUUCCAAUGGUCGGCCAACUCUUGGAGGAGAUCGAUGCCAUAGGAGGAUGGGAAAAUUUUAUUAUGGCCGCGUGAACAUUAACAUCAACAGUCUCUGUAGAAACUCUGUAUCAUACUCUGUACCUACACUGUAUGAAGAUUAUCUCAGACUCUGUAGAAACUCUCUGUUGACUCAGACUGUCUGUUCCAUAGCACCAAAAUAAGAGUGAGCGUCCCUAGUUAGGGAAUCCUCUUUUUUUCUGUGAACAAGAAAUCAUGCUUCGCCAUUACUUCGAGAGCCACGGUGUAGUACUUAGUUUCAUCUAUCAUUCGUAAUCCUCGUAUAUCUACAACUUAUACUUAGUCUUCUAGAAGUACUUCUUCUGCAGUAGAAUCUUUACUGAUUCAUCUUUUUGCGUCCUCUAAUUUCUGAAAAAUGUCAGAAGGUCGUGGGUACCUUCAUGAAGCUGAUCGUCUGGAAGAUCACCACGAUAUGCAUAGAGAGGCAGACGCGUUUCUUUUAAGGCUCUUUGACUAUUGAACUUCACCUUCAGUCACCCCUAUCCCGAAGAACGGAUUUUUAUAGAUACUGAACUGAAUGAAUGUCGUCCUCGUUGUAAUUGAUAUUGAAAUUGAUUUUGAUAACUUUGCAUCAUUUGUUUGUUUGUUUUGAUGCGCUCCGGGCGACGCGUACGAUCCCGCCGGAUUUCUUUAUCAUUGGUUUAAUAUGUAGAAUUCGCCCAUUUCAAGCACUGUUGGUUCUCUCCGCUUCUUCAAUAAAGCUGAUUAAAUCGUAUCAUGACAUAAGUCCCCAGACUUUUCCCCCCCCCAUGCUGUAAUUACCCCACGAAUGGGUAAACUACUACUACUAAGUUAAGUUAUAUUCUGGGCAGCAACCUUGACCUUCUUGUUAGCAGUUCUUGUUGCCAAUCUAGUCCAGAAUAGAUCACUUUCAUAAGGGCAGGACGUUGUUCUAGUUCUACUCUUAAUAAAUAGGAGGACAGUAACCCACUCACAUCACCGCAUACGACCCUUUCACAAUUCUACACUGCUCCAUCUCCAUCUACGAAUAGUACUGUCCCUAAUAGGAGGACAGUAAAUAUAAAGUAAUCAUGUUUACAGUAGGAGUAGGUACUAGUUUUUUAUCUAGUACCCAAGAAGCAAACCAAAAGCGUGCUGGUCGUCAUAAUUUCUUGACACACUGCUGGAGCUGUAGUUCUGUCCUGCAAAAAUUACGCUAGAAGUAGUACUGAAUGGGGUCGUGCCAUCUUCAUGUUCAUCCACAACUACGUACAUCCAGACGACUACGUUAUAGGGUGGAGGGUUUCAGGGUUUGGGUUUCUUCGACUCAUAUAGACGACUCUAAUAUUUGAGGAGGUUGCUGACGACAAUUCUAUUGGGAACACGACGGAUGAAGAAGGGCUAUAUCGAAGUGGGGCCAGCACAUCUUCGAAGGAACAAGCCACCUCAUCUUUGUUAGAACAAUCCGAAUCCAGAGCGGGCGGGUUGGCAGCGGGGGGGGCGAUGUUAAGACUGGUAUACUAAAGAAGGAACUAUAGAAACUAUACUAAAAAACUAGUAUAGAAUCGCUAUCUUCAUCUAAGACACGACUAAGUAUAGCUAUAGCAGAGUAGUUUAUAGCACGCAUGGUGCAUGGAGUGCAUGGAGCGCAAAGCUUUAAGGGGCGCAAGAAGCUCCCCCUUUAGCUCCAUGCUACUCCAUGUGGUGCAUGCACUCCAUUCCAUGCGAGCUGUGAAACCUCACAAAUUGCUCCGCUAUAGCAACCGGCUAGCUUUCCCUCUGACUUUAGGCGUGUCCCGUCCUGCAAUAUAGAGUGGCUAUCUAGAAACAUUGACAAGAAGUAUGUAGUUGGGGCACAGGAGGGCUUCUGAAGAUAUCAAUCUAGUCAAGGAGGACGCAAACCAUCAAUCUAGUACAACGAACUAGUACAACAGGAAGUAUCUAGUCCUUUUGCUUGUUCCUAGAAUAAAAAAAUGAAUGCCAGUUCAGUACAACAUCAAAACCAUUCAUCCAGUACUGUUCGUGUUCCUUCUGCAUUUUGGCUCAAGGCUGCGGCUGCGAGCAUAUCUUAUCUUGUCAGGGAGACCCAGCCGCUUUUUCUUGAAUCGAAUGAAUUUAGCGUUAGAAAAACAAAACCAAACUCUUCAAUCAAUCAAUCAUGCAAAUUGAAGUCCGCACCGUUCACCAAAUUGUAAACAAGAUCAAAAAAUCUUUUUCCCCAUGCGGUUGGGUCUAUAAGGGGCUAACUUAAAUUGUGAUCUCAAAUUGAGUCAUGUUUAACUGAACUCCAAGAUUUAACGCGCAAUGCAUCAUCGAACACCAAUACGAACCAUACGGGUUUUAAAUCAUGAUAGGAUAGAAUGCAAAAUGGUAGUCCCUCAAAACAGAGGAAGAAGGACAACUCACAAGGUCGCCUCCUUGUAGUCCUUGCAGAUCCAAGACCACCAACUAGAUCAACUACACGCAACGGCAUAUAGCGCACAAAAGCAGAGUGGGAAGUAUAAACGUCGCAUACUUAUCCAUCAGCAAGUUCUUCAUCUCCUCCCGCACACAUUUCCAGGAAAAAUCGCGGCUACUUCACCAAGCAACCAGAAAGCUGAAAUCUUACAUCGAGUUAUCAAGUAAACAAACAAGCCACCCCGAUCAACUAGCACAAAAAUCAGACGAAAAAAAAGGGAUUAUCGUCCGUAGCUUCCUGUUCUGCAUGUUGUAGAAUUGAUCAACAAGAACAUCUCCCAUCAGCAGAAACGCACUUUGCCGAGUAUGCGCCCAGUAUAACAACACCACUAAACACCUCCGAUUAGUACAGCAUCCUCCUCCAGUACUUAAGGAGCGCGUCAACCUAUUUUUUACCUACCGAUCCCAUACAUACGACGCUCUCCAGUUUCUCUAGUUUGACCCUAUCGAUCCCGGCCCUAGCGCCUUAUCCACAGUCAAGAUGGGACGCAGGAAGACGCAGACUCACAAACAAGUGGACAACAAGUUGACACGGAAGGCCGACACCCAGACCGGCUCCCAGUCUUCUGGUGGUUCAGUAAGCCAAGCUGCUGGAAAAGCGAGCUCAUCAUCAGCCGACACAGCGCAGUCAGCACCUCAACCUAAGUCGCGGGGGAGGCCUCCCAAGAAAAGCACCAACAAUGUCAUCAACGAGCAACAGAUAAUCCACAGUCAUUGUGGCCCCUCGGCGCAACACUCUAUGCCAAUCAAUGGAACUGGACGGCCUGGGAGAAAUCAAAGCUAACAACCCGGCAGAUCAUGGGAAGGGGGAUGGGGAUGGUGUAGAGCAGUCCAUCAUCUCCAACUUCGCGGGUGGCCGGUCGUCAAAUUCCGAAGGAGCGAUCCCCUCGAACGCCGAAAAUAAGGCCGUCCUCGGGGGCCGCGCGUUUGUAUCCUAUGAUCACAGCAACGACUCAUCCUCAAGAAGACCGACAGCGGGUCUAUUUGCAGACAUGACGAUCUCCGCCGAUCCUUCAAAUGGCUCCAACAUCACUGCCACUGCUGGCUAUAAUUCUUCCAUCGUAAGUGGAGACAAAAACUCAGAAUCAGAGCAACCAGCUCCAACAUCCGUUCGCAGCAAUGAGUCACCACACGUUCCGAACAUUCCACCCCCGCCACUUCCUAAGAAGGAGGAGACAGCAAGAGAGUACUACGCGGUCAUCAGCAAAAACUUAGCAUCCACAACUACUGCUCCAGUUGAGACGGGGCUGUCUGGCGCUCCAGAUGGGUCGAAUGGCACCGCAACUACUUCUAGUCAAAAACUUCUAGGCAUGAUGGAAGAGAACCAGAGGAACGACGACCCAGAUCUUUACUACCACUCCAGCCGGCAUGAUGAAGAAGAAGACACGGAAACGAUCGAUAGACGCUGCACAACGGAUCAGGAGCAGCAAUCCACAGAUCAUAGCCGAGCAGUCACUGGCGUCCUAAUAGACCAAGCUACCACCAAGUCCAGCAGCAAAGGUAAAAGCCCAAAAAAGGGAGAAAAGGCCUCUCACUCCUCACUUCAUGAUCCUGAGUAUGACUACCACUCCAGGAAAGGAGAAAAACCAAGCUCAGCACUGAGCUCCACAUCCAGCGAUAGAGACAUGGCUUGGACCUGCCUUCGCACCAGCCGCCAUAUUUGCGCUGAGCUUCUUGAAGACCAGGAGUUUCCUGAUUCUGCUUGGACUGGAGACUCCGAACAACUUCCGCACGCGCUUAGACGCCGAGACGUUUAUAUAAAUGAACAGAACCAUGAUCCAAAAUUCGGCAAAGACCCAGAAGGGAGGUGGUACCUGCCCAAAGGCUGGCACAAGGGGGCAUGCGUCUAUGUCAAUAAUGACUACGAAAGUUAUGCGAUCCAAGUGCGGGAAGUUGGAGGAUCGGAGUGGUGCCACCUGCUGACAGCUGAAGACUAUCGAGCAGCCAAGUUCAACGCUGGGUGGGAUGAGGUGCCAUUCGUGAUUGCAAAAAGAGAGACUUUUGCUGCAGCAGCAACAUGGCAAUGGCGCACACGCAUCCGCAAGUACAUCCUACAAGUUGACAAAAUUCGCCCCAUCUUGGAUCCUAGUAGAUGGAUGAUGCAUCCGGACACAUCGCUCAAGCCAGUCCCACCAGCCCCACCCGUUGAAGAUGAUCGGAUCAUCCCAGGCGGAAGAAGCAAGGAAACUGGCAGCAUCGAGCCUGCUAGUGCUGGAGCAGUAAACCCAGCAUCAGCAGGAAACGCGUCAAUUGAGUUUUUCCAAGAAAUGAUCGACAAGUCAAUCAAGGUGUCUAACGAAGCGCUCAAGGAAGAAAUUGGAGAAGAAUUAACAGUCAUAAAAGAGGAGCAGAAAAAGCAGCGAAAAGACAUCAAAAAAUUUGGUGGCACGCAGAGGGCAAUUUUAGGCGGACUGGGAGAAUUGCUGGCCCUAGCAAAGGGAACGGAUACGGCGGCACAAUUGGAACACCUGAAAAUCGACUCCGAAUCUUCAUCGGAGGAAGAAGACACACGACCACUUCGGAAGAGCAGAACCAAGGCACUUGACGACAUGAGAUCAGGUCCCGCCAAGUCCACCCAGGCGGUUCAGAGCGACCAUAGCGGAGAAGAUGACUCGGCCGCUCGGAAAUAUAAGCAUGAGCUCCUCCCACUACCACCUACAGCGGUUGCACACUCGGUAGCGCAACAUACUCAGAACACCGUGACAACUGCCAAUGCGUAUCCGGCCGGCACCUUUGCGCCCUCAUCUGCAAGAUCGGAAAUUGCAGCUGCAGGCUCAUAUCUAUCGCCACCUGACCUACAAGAGCGGCAACACGAGGUGGAGACGUCCGAUGCUCCACAACAGGUCAACGUGGAAGCAAAUGAUGAUGGCCCAAUCGAUAUGCAAGUCGACGCUGAGGCCUCGGCUCCUGCAGUCCAAAAUAUGAGACCCAGAAGUGGAUCGCAACCAACGCUCAGCGAAAUCGAGGUUAAAGGAACUGAUGGCCCAGCAACCAAAGGCACCAGCUUGGCUGCUAUACCAGCUCUCCAUCUUGCCCUUCGCUCAAAAGAGCAAGCAGUGGGACACAUCGACACAGCCAAGGCAGCAAAGAUUGCAUCCGAUUCCCAAUUAAGGGCACAGCACACGGGAUCGCCGCUGACUAAUGGCAAUUGCAUGAUCCAGCCUCCGAAGCCCGUUGUGCUAGACCUCGAAGAUAAAUCCGGCAAAAUUGAAUUGUCCCAGGGUGACCCCAGUGCUGAACGAAGAUUAAGUGAGGGCAAAUGCGAGAAAUACGAGCGCUACUAUCAUGUCAUGGCGCACAACUUUUUUUUGGGAGCCAAAUCACUCGAACAGGCAACCAGAGCGGAAAAACUAGCGAGGGACAUUGCCAAAAUUGCUAUUGAUUGUAUAAAUGGCGCUUACCCCACCGACUUUCAAGCAAUCUGCCUAGCCGCUGGCAUCAGAGAAGUAGCCUUCAAUAUUGACAGCGAACAGCUAAAAGUCAAAGAAUCACUCCGCAAAAGGCACAGGCGCGACUUGUGUGACAUUGUUAGGGAAAUUCUCGAUGAAGCUUCGCCGAUUGCAAAGACGACAUGGACAGAAGAACAGCUGAAGCAACGCUCAACGGAGUUUAAGGCGCUGAGGACAACUGCUCUAAAGAAAAGACGUCACCUUAUUGAGCAGUUCAAGAAAGUUGCAGUCCUGCCCAGUCGUCGUUUCAUCUAUGGGUUCCAUACGGAGAUGGGUGUGCACAUUGAAGAAGAGCACCAAGCGGACACUCCGCCUCCGAGUGACCAACAAAUUGCAGACACGGCGACGAUGCUGAAGGCAAUCUAUGGAGCAAGUGAAGAUGUCGGAGCAGAUGGCUACUCCAGCACCACAAUAGAAAAACCUCAUAAGGUGGAAAAAAUCCUCUCACCAAGGGCACAGCCGAGAUCGCUGGAACAGAGCCCAGGUGACUAUGAUCCUUGCGCCGAGCAAUCAAGCGGGUCCUUAAAGGGUAUUUCCCGUGCAGGAACUUCAUUUGGAAUUGAGGAUAAAAGCACUGAUGACCUGCUAGAGGCCCGCCGCAAUAUCAAACUUGCAGUGGCGACGCCGAACGACGAUCAGACUGUCUUGUCUGCUGAAAAUUGUCUUAAGCAACAUCCAGCGCUACAGUCUGGCAUACCGCCCGUAACAAGCAAAGCAACGCGUGCUUGCAUCCAAGAGUCGGAAAAGAAUGCUGAGGAUCCAGCUACAGGAAAUUCAAUCAUCGCUAAGUCCUCCACUGAUGAUCGGAACCCAGGCGAAGCUUCAAAUGCUACCUUGGCUCCAACGACCUUCAAGUCAGCUUCCGGCAAAUCGGGCAAAGUCAAUCCAGCCUCACACGGGGUUCCAACAGUCUCAGAGGGAAUCGCAGCUCCGAAGGGAAAGGCCCAACUGGCCCAAUUGCAACAACCACCACGACAAAUACAUCACGAAGUUGAUGGAGCUUCAUCGAGAACAAUGCGCACACCGAGACGCGAACGCCCAGCCUCCCAACAACAACAUCUCCACCAAGGGUCUACCCCUCCGUCAUCGAAGCGAAAAGGAUCGGAAUCAGAAUACAGUCCGCUGGCACAAAUGGAGUCAGGCCACAAUGCUCAAGAAGCGCACACAAACGAGGAGAUCGAAGCUGAGCAUGGGGAUAUCGGCGCAGCAGAAGUCCCGUCUUCUCCAAAAAUGUACAAUUCGCAACCCUUGCAGACAUCACAGCAAAUUGUGUCAAACUCGUCUGUGCAAAAUCCGCAACACUUCAAUGAGGAUGUCUCGGCAGAGAUUGCAAGUGUCCUUAGCUCCUCUGCAGACGAUGAAAUGGAAGAAGUCAAGGAGCGGGCAUCUCAGGAUGUCGAACUUGAGCAGGUUGACGUGGUUGCUGGAAUGGCGGGCAACACAGUGCAUGAUCAUCAUAGUAGCCAGUCAAAAAGUCAAGCGCCCGUAACAAGAAACGAAGCAUCAACCCAUGAAAAUGCAGCUCCAGCACAUGCCGUCAGCAGUGGAAUUGACCUUCAUGGUGUAGCUGCGUCAAACAAAUCAGUGAUGCGAGGAAAUGAGCAGAGUGUGCCUGCACAUAUUGGGCCUAACUUGAAAAAGAGCAGACCACAACAUCCGGGGCUCGAUCUGCCACUCCGAAUGAACCCGAGCUACAACGCCUCCACUCAGUCUGGUGCAGGAGCCAAAGGGAACAAACAGUUCUCCAUUGCCGGGAAUGCGGGGUCACAAGUAGGCAAAGGUGGCCGCAAAGGCAUCCAAGGGACCGCACCCACACUGCCCUAUCAGGAUCAAGUGCCGAAAAACAAUCGUGAAACGAAAAAUCUGGAGAAGGCGGCGGCCAUCCAAAACGAAACUUGUGCCUCUCUUGCAGCUGGGAAUCCACCUCCAGCAAUCGACCCAACGGCUCAUCGAUAUAUCGUGGGAGACCAUGGGACGCACCUUGCAUCACUUGGGUUGCCACCUGGGAACCGAGCGACAGCCUACCAUAACGCCCCGGAGAGAUAUCAAGAAUACGCCAUCUACAUGCAGAAAGCGCAGAAAGGCAGCAACACCCAGCAAAAAGUCAAUUCGUUUAUUGCGGUAGCGGGUCCUCUAUCUCAAGAAAAGGGGAGUAAGCAGCUGCAUGGGUCCAACUUUACCAACUUCUGCAGCUCAAGCUCAGGCAAUACGCAAGAUCAAGGGAAACAAAAGGCAACGAUAGCCAGUUCGUCUUCAACUCACAAGGCUAACAAGGAGAUGCAUAGCAAAGGUUUACCCAACACGCAAAUGGGCUACGAACACUCCGAUUUCCAUCACUGGCAAAGCAGAGGAGGCAACCAAAAUUGGAACUACGGGAAGGGAGGUACUCAGGACUAUAUUGCUCACUGUUCGCCUGAGUCAAUCAGGAAUUCCUUUGAGGAAUUAGUCAAAUCUCGCUCAUCAUCCGCUAACGCUAGGACAACAGAGCACAAAUUCCAAGACGGCGGCUUAAUCUAUAUAAGACAAAGCGAGACCAUCCCGGGACGCACUGCUAAGACAAUCGAAAUUGUGCAGCUGUUGCCACAACGGGAUCACUUUGGAACGAGAAUGAGGCCUAAGGGCUCUACGCCCAAUGAAUCCACCUGCCUCCCAAGCUCCUCAAGCUCAAAUCCAACUUCGGAAUUGUCCUUCUCGCAAGAUCCAACCUCCCCUACCAGCUGGCAACAUCAGAAAGCCAAGAGGCGAAAAGGGGUGAGGACCUAUUAUAGAAACAGACCUGGUAGACCUGACUCAUCUCUUGACCGCAAGAACGCAAUUUCCUGCGUUUCUCCAAAUCGCCGCACUCUGCCACCGUGCUCGAAGUCUGUCUUUCUUGAUCCGAGAGCAUCAGCCGCCGUCUAUUCCAUCCCAGAUGAUUCUAAUCACCAUGCGCCAUCUGCGCUCAACAUACCUCCCUCUACGACGUGUCUUUCUAACAUCAGGUGGGCAGUGAAGCGCACCAUGAAGCAGCGUUUGAACGGGUAUCGGAGAAUGCCAAGUCUAUGCAUUAUGCUGAGGAGCAAGGAACUGAAGAUGAUCAAAAAUGACAGAAGGCGUCGCGUUAUCAGAGCGUGGCUAUUUUGCUCUACGGGUAUGCCACCGAAGGAGGAAAGUCACAAAAGGAAAGUAGAGCGAAUCAAUCUAGCUCACGGAGCAAAAAAUUGGGCAGACGAAAAUCGAGAAGCUGCGCAUGUACAACUUGAAGAAGAAAAGAAUGCGAGGCGUGCAACCAUAAAACGGGAACAACACAAGCUGCAACUGAAGCGCAAGGAGGCCAUCACAAAUAAUCGCAAGAAUCAUAUCAAGCUGCGCAUUGAACAACUCAGAAAGAAAAGACGCAGUAGAGUAAAAAGCUAUAAUGCCCUGGCAUGCUAUGGAUGGAAAGUCAAAAGGAGGAAAAGACUAACGAGAGAAAUCACGUCUGCAGCUGUUCUCUUCGCAGAUCGAGCGUUCCCCAAGACAGUCCAGGGAGGACGAACAGCUUGCAAAACGGGCACACUAGUGCAAAGGUCAGCAACGAUGGUGAAAAAUAGUGAACAACUAAAGGAAGAAUGUCGAAAAAUCAUCAGCAAGCAAACAAUGCUGGACAAGAAGGAAAAAGAACAAGAAAGCGUAGUAGAAAAAAGCGCAUGCGUCUUAUCUAGUAGAAAGCUCACCAAUUAUUCUCUUAGACGUGCUGAAAGAUCAAAAACAAAGAAAAAAGGAGCUUCCCCCAGAGCAAGGCUCCCAGUAGGAAACUACGUCCAGUGUCAUCUUCGGCGUUCCUCGUCUCUCGUACCCAGAACAGGACAGGAAUCAAAUACUACGGGUUUAUCUCAUCGCUCACUUGCCUAUGCUGAAUCAAAAUCAUAUACAUCUGGUUGCGGCGUCCUCACUUGCACUCAGGCCAACAACACCCACGCCACCCGCUACGAAGACAAAUUCACGAAAUGGAAGGCAUCCAUAAAGGCCAUAGGGUCCCACAAAUCAUCCAUAAAGGUCAUCCUCGGAUCAUCCUACCGGAAAGCCUAUGGAUGCCCAACAGAAUUACACCCGAGCCGGCGACUCCGAUGAAGAUGAGUCGGAACAUCUACCGAGUGACCUCGUGCCGCAAGUCGCAAGGGGCAUCAAAUGGGCUGAUGCUCCUCUAACCGAAAUCAAAGUAGCCACAGUCAAUAUGAUGGGAGCAGGGGCACACUCUGACCGACUCACCUGGGUGAUUAAGCUCGCCAAGUCACGAGGAUGGGACGCUGUUGCACUAUCGGAAUUCGAAUAUGCUAGGCUGGAAGACGAAGGAGAAUGGAUUCCUGAGCCAAGGAGUGUAGAACGCCAUGAAGUUGAGACGGGGCUAAUCAAUGAAGACGACGAAGCGGACAUCAAUGGGGAUGAAACAGGGAGACCUCUCAAGUUCAAAUGGUCUCACUCAGCUGGCUUCUCAAUUUGCUACACUUUUGGAGUUGGGCUGCUGCCCUGCUCCUAAGCCACACCCUGAGGCAACAGGCAGUUAAGAGAAUUUCGCAAGGCACACCUUGCGUGAGAGCAAGAAGGAGGGCGCUAGCCUUAUACCUUGACGAGAUCGCUUUAGGUGCCGUAUACGCCCCGCACUCUGGUUUCUCGAGAGCAGCAAAAGACUUGCUUCAGGCCGAUCUUGAGAGGAUGACGAGAGACAUGCGUAAGCGCAGGGGCGACAAGUGGAAACCAAGAGUGGUGAUGGGGGAUUUCAGCACGCAAGUGGGCAUCCUGGAAUCCAGGCCUGCUCUUCCAUCUCUUGGCCCGUACGGGCCACCCACCACAAGCAUGGAUGCGCGUCGCUUGGUAAGGAUAAUGUCGGAGGCUGGCAUGACAUUGGCAGGCUCCCACUUUAAGUUCCCGCUAGACGUUCAGGACAGAGGCACAUAUGCCCCUGACGGAGCCGGGAUAUCUGAGAUUGACCACAUCUGGGUCCGGGGCAACACGGCAGGCAAAAUGGCUGCACUGUCCAGAUUGCAGCUCCCAACGGGGCCUGGCAAUCCUUGCAAAUUUGACCACAGACCGGUGGGGAUCAAGCUACUUGCUAUGACGAAAAAGAGGCUCCGGAGAGAGGGCGAAAUACGGAUGAGAUCCAGAUGGAUUUUCUCCAGGAAUCCACCAGUAGAGCAGCUGCAUCACUAUAGCGAUAGACUCAAGCAAAGAGUAGCUCACCUUAGUACAUCCGAUCCAGGCGCGCGACUAGCGGCCAUCCACUCACUUUUUGGCCUUGAAGCUGAGGACUUUCUGGCACCGUCGGAAGCUGGCCCACCAGACGCAGCAAUGGACGAAGCCCCCGUGUCUAGGCGCACGCUGCAGGAGGUGUGGUCAUAUUUCAGACACCACGAGGCACAAACUGGCACGGCCAAGGCGCAGAUCACGGGGGAGCAGGCAAAAAAGAAAUAUGAUUCAGUAGGGAACUCCCCGGCAAUGCCUGAAAGGAAUGAUUUGCCUAUAUUCCGAGAGUUAGCGCAAGCAACCCCCAAGGCGACAGAAGAGCAGAAGCGAGAGCUGAGCAAGGAAAUCACGACAGAGGAACUCGGGCAGAACCUGGGCACCAUGCUAUUGGGCGGUGCGCGUGAUGCAACAGGAGCCUGCGUAAGGAUGAUUGCCUAUCUAGACUACGACAGCAGACAGGUUCUAGUAGAAGCCAUAAAUCAGGCCGUAAACGAAAUUGGCGGGAUAGGUAAGUGUGUAACGGGGGACGACUUCCACACCUGCAGAGACGUCCCACUAUUCAAGGGAUCAGGCAGGGUGGAUGAUCCUGAUGCCUACCGGUGUCUUGUCAUCUCACCCAUAACCCUGAAGGUUAUAGCGAGGAUUUACGGCGCUCGCCUCCUCAAGUUCGCUGAGGCUGCGUCCCUGCUCCCUGGAUGUCAGUAUGGGUUUCGAAGAGGAAGAGGCACGCUUGCCCCCCUUACGAUAUAUGCCAAACUGCGCGAAGACCUAGCACACUACGCCAAGGCGCCUCUGAGUAGGGUGGUUAUGAGUAUGGUGGAUUUGCGCAAGGCCUUUCCAUCCCUCGAUUGGAGGUUAGUGAGGGAGGUUUUCUCCCUGCUCGGCUUGGUUGGCACCCCACUCUGGUCGAUUCUAGAUUCCAUACAUAGAGACGCUGUGCAUUCUUUUGGCGGAGAAGAAUUUACACUGAAUCAUGGAACUAAAGAGGGCGAUCCGACCAGUCCCACCAUCUUUGUGAUGGUAUACUCAAUGGCUAUGCGUGUCUAUGAACGCCGGGCGGCGGUCACGCAAGGAGCUGAGGGAGUACUGGUGCUCACAUCUCCGCACACUUGGACAUGGACCAGGGAGCAGAGGCUUCGUCAGUGGGUAUUCGAACAAACUGACGAACGAAUGCUAACACCACAACCACGCCCGGGAUUGGUGCCAACCCUUACGACGCCUCUGGUACUCGAGCUAUCUCUUCUCAGAUCCUCUUUGCGGACGACACCACCUUGCUGGGACUAGUAACAGAGCAGGAAAUGGAAGAGAUAGAAGCAGACAGGCGAGACGCCAGGCACGAAAAUAGGGAACCUAAGCCCACGCGUCAGGUUGCCGCACUUCAGUCUGUCCUACAGGACGCCGCGAUGGCAGAGAACAAAACGAAACGCAUACAAGGAAAUGCUGCAACGCUGGCUACCAGGAAUUUAGGAGUGCAGACCGAUCCAGAGGGUGGCGUCGCGAUGAAAAUCCAGAAAGCAUGGAGAUCCUUCCACGCUAUGAAAGCGAAGGUCUGUGGAAUGGCUGGCGUCGACAACGUUAGACGCGGGAACUUGGUGCAAGCAACCGCCCGGUCAGUCCUGGUGUAUGGCACACAGCCACAGGCGAACCGAAGUCAGUCUCCGUCAAGCAUUGCAGAAUGCUUGAAGAAGCGGAGCUGUCGAUGCUGGCAGCAAUGAUUGGUGUUCCGAUUUGGAGAAGACGUCAUGACGACGUAGCCGAUGCUUCUCUCUUACGUUGGACAAGAACUACUCCGCUCCGCUCGUUCAUCGCAUACCACCAAGCCAAACACGUGGCACAUAUAACGAGAGCCCCGGGCCUAAAUCUGGAGAAGGCCCUCCUGCAAGGCCAGGCCAUUCCACCGAGGAGUUCGGACACGGAGGAGAGAGAUGCGCUCAUAGCUUCAACUAGAUACGACACAGCAAUCCCGCCAGAACUCAGACAACCGCCUUCCUUGCUGGAGGACUUUCUAAAAUAUAUGAGGACUGACGUUGGAAUUGAAGACAGCCUACUAGUGGGAUUGCUCGAUCAGCCACCUACAUCUUGUGCACCGUCACCCUCGCAGAGAUCAAAAAUGAAUAAGCAGCAAAGGAAAGCGCAGGAGGACUAUGAGCACCGGAGGGCCUUCUUUCAUGAAAUCAUCAGGCACGCCUAUACUUUCCAGUCAGUUGCACGAUGGCAACGCGGGGGAGGCUGUGCCCCAUCGCUUUAUGCUGAGUUGGAGGUGCGUGCAUGGGGCAAGACUCCUCUUCACUUAACCGAGGUAAAUUGGCUGACAGAUGAGGUAACUCGUGUUCGUGUUGGUGAUGACCCCGCAGCGGCCCGAAUCAUAGCGCCUAUAACAACUGACUUGUGGAUCGAACCGGUGGUGGCGGGAGGCCAACGCUUACAAGGAGCGGGAGGUGCAGAACUUGAUCCACAACAGAUAGGAGCAUCUCACGUGGUCGCGAUCGGCACCUGUGGGAGGUAUAGUCCAUUCGCACCGAGGAAAAGAUUAGAACUUCUAGUAGAUGCUCCGACGUGGAUUUACCUGGUUUGCUUGGCGCCACCAGUGGCGGGCAAAACGGACGCACCUACGACAGAGCAAGGUUUUUCCUGGAAACGUGGCCAUGAAUUAGAAGUAGGCGCCCCAAUUGGCUCACCGCAACCGAGAACAUACAAAUCUUUGGCACUCCCAGCCAGAUCAGCCCUGACAAUGGCCCUGCUACCGCAAACAUCAUUUCUCCUUCUAGUAGGUCUCGAGCAAGGAACAGUAGACGCCCUAACCGUGAAGCAAUGGAGAACUCCACUCAGCGAGUCAUGCUGCAUCGGAUGUGAGGAAUUAAGAAUAGCAAGCGACUCACAGGAUUCAGGGAGACGAUGUAAAAAAUCGUCGUGCCAGCUGGCGUUAAGGUCCACCAUAGAAGCAUGGAGAAAAAGCAUUCUGAUGCCAAAGCUGGACCCCUUAGCUGACAGGAUGCAAGCAGAGGCGAAGGCGCGUGCGGCUGAGCGGAAGCUCCUUAGUGUUCGGAAAGAGGUGGAGAAGGAGGGUUCCUUGUUUCGACUCGUGCGAUCCGUGGGACCGAAGCGUGCUGGCAGGAAGAAGAGGCCAGAAAGAUACAGGUGCACGCCCUGCGGGCGCACCUUCGUCACAUCAUUAGGAGCAAUGAGGGCGCACGAGCAAGCACGUCUUUGCAUGAACAUCAUAAAGAGCUCUAUCAUAAGGAAGCGAAGACAGCUACAUAGUCGAGUGGGCUGCACGCGUUCCGAGUACAGACCUGAACAGCACUCCUUCAACAAGGUCACAGGGCGUUACUCUUCAGGUUCUGGCGCUGUCCUGUGCGAGGUGAUGACUCCAAAUACUAUCUGGACGGACGGGACAAAAGCAAGAAUCUCCUGCCAGAAAUGUCGCAAAUGGAGCAUUGAAAUGUGCAAAAAGAGCAUGACAAUCAGACAACAAGCAAAGAGAUCUGACUUCUAUCACUCACACAUUGAGAAGUGUAAGCUGAAGAAGUAGUCUAACUGCCGAACAAAUGCAAACCUGAAUUAAUCGACCAUAAUUAAAAAGUCUUUGCUACCUCUCGAAUGGGUACACUACUACUACUACUACCUUCAAUCUAGUACUAGUGCCUACAGUACAGUAAAGUACUAGAAAGCUUCUUAUCCAAGUACAGUACAGUACUAGGCUUCUUAUUUCCUUUUGCUUGUUGUUCUUACUUCAGAAGGUUUACGUUUAGGCUAUCCUUCUUCUAAUAAUAGUGCUUGGUAAAAAUGUAGCUCAGUACUAGGCUUUAUUGUAUGAUCCACCCUCUUCUAAUAAUAGUGCUUGGUCAUAUGGUAGCCGGAGCCACAACGAGCGCAUCAGAGGUGGUCACGAACAAGCUGUUGGCAGAAAGUUAAAGCUCAAAGUCAAACACGACAAGCGUCCUUGCCCUCGUUUCUUGCCUUCAUCUUCGUCUCUUCUUAUUAUAUAAUUAGAGUAGUUUAUAGAACGGAUGUAGGAUGGACUUGGAUGGAUCGGAUGGAUCGGAUGGAUCGGAUGGAUCGGAUGGACCCCCCUGAUUCUUCCGAUCCUACUUGAAAUGGUGGAAAGUCCAUCCGUUCCAUCCGAUCCAUCCGAUCCAUCCCAUCCCGGAUCUGGCACCCCGAUAAACUGCUCUAGUAUAUACUUCUCUAGGACCACAGAGGUAGCUAUAGCUUUGCGAACAAGUUGCUGCGUUGAUAACUAGAAGGUAUUGACAGAGGUAUGUCUAGUUAUUCAGGAGAGCUACCUGGUUUGAUACCUUUGUCAGUACUAUCUUCUAGUUAUUUACUUGCUUAAUCUAACUCUACUUGCAGCUUAUUUUCAGUACUUCUAUCUUACUUGUUGCUUACUAUCGUCUACUUAUUUCACUACUGUCAGUCUCAGUGUUAUUCUGCUGACUUGCUUAUUUCAGUUUUUCAGUACUAUCUUCUGUGUUGAUAUUCUAGUUAUUUACUUGCUUAAGAUCGUACUUUCCGGCUCAUAUCUCACGCUUACCAGUCAUUGAUUCGCUUACAACUUCAGAAGUUUUUCGAAUGAUAGACUCAUCUACUCUAAGAAAAAAAGCGGGAUCGCCUCCGAAAGGGUAGAAAGCGCGCUGAUGGUGAAUAUCGCACUAACGACGGCAAGUUUCAUGACGAUCCAGAGACCCUGGAGUACCUGAUCCACCUCUAUGGUGGUGAAUACCGUGCGAUAGCUACCGACGAGGAAGUAAGCACAGACCCCUACUGUAUGGAGGAUGAUGCUCAUGCUUGUUGUUCCAUCUUUAACGGACCAUGAUCCUGGUGGCACUCGUUAUUUCAAGGAAGCGAUGACUGCCAGGAUCUUCAUGGUCUGGCUCUAGAGGGGAGAAAAGACAGCAUCCUCCAUAAAGUGGGAAUGGAAACCGAAGCUGAUCGCUUUUGGCAAGAACUACCUCCUGCGUCGGGCAGCGCAGAGGCACAUGAUCAAAAUCCGAAAGUUAAGGCCACUAUUAAAGUUUUUCACUAUGUAUCCCAUGGAUCGAUGUGGACUGUGCUGAGCGCAGAAGUCUUGCCCCUACAACAUGGAGCGACAACGAAAGGGCAUCACACUCAACCACGGAUAGUCGUGAGAAACUAGCGCUAAGAAAGCUGAAUAUGGACGCCGCUCAUCUGAACGCGCAAAAGAUUAUGGCUUCCCCUAAUCCAUCUCUAGUAUAGGGAUCCUUCAAGCAUAUGCCUCCCAAUACGCGGGAGAUGCUGACGCAUAUGCUUGAGGGAUUUCCAUAGGGAUGAAUUGGGGAGAGGUCUAAAAAGAACAAGCUGAUGAAGGAAGCGGCUUGGCGGAAGGAAGUGGAGAGACCCAGGAUCCAGCGAAACGGCCUCCAAUUAGAAUUAAGGCUUACCUUUAUCCAUCUUCUGAGGCAUCCUGAGGAAGCUCCGCGAUGGGAAAAAGCAUCCAGCAGGGUGCACCCGCCCAAGAGGGAAGAUUACGAUUAGCGCGAGCUCUAAUAAAGAAUCAAAUGGCCUCUGCGACUGGUGAAGCUGCCGAUGGGUUGUGGUACGAUACCUUGUUGGAUAUCUUUAUGAUACAAGUUCUUGUACAUGAACAGAGCACACCAGAGAAAAAGUUCGUUGAUUUGACACUCUGUUUGAUUGAUAAGUGUACAAAAAGACUGAACUACCUCAAAUCCUCCAUUAGAUGAUAUGGAUAAGGAGGGCACAUGAUGACAUGACAUGCCACGAAAACUGCGCCGGUCGUGAACAGGGCUGCGGUUGGACGAGGUCAGUUCGUUGGCUCAGUGGUGGCUUAGUUCACUCAUCUAAUCUUGACACAGCCGAUGCAGAAAGCAGUCAGGUAGCUGCAGAAUGGCGCAAGUCGCUUUUUGAGUGGGAGGAUGCCGCGUUUAAUGUGUUAGCGCAGCAACAGUCGAGGUUCUUAUGGUCGCGCGAAACUUCAGUUAUAAGAACGUUUUUGCUUGUGCUUCUUCGCUAUGAACAAGCAUGCUCUAAGGGAACCAAGUUAGCAUGCUCUAAGGGAACAUUCAUGAAGAAAGGGAACCAAGUUAGCAUAUAAAUGGUGACGUUCUAUUAAAUGAAAGUAGUAUAAGUAUUGAUAUGUAUAAAAAAUUUAUUCGCCAGGGAAAUCUUCUGCAGAGUGCCGAGUAGAUUCACGCUGUCACAUUUAUAAAGAAUCAUGCAACUAAACUUAGAAGUAGGGAAGAUCAUCCAGCAGAUGAUGUACUUGCAAAAUCAAUGGAUUCAUCUAUGUUGUAUGCGACCUUCGUUCUUCUUGGUUACGAACGAACCUCUUCUAAGUGAAAAUAAGCGAGUUCUUGUAGCUAACUGAAAUAACAGAAUAACCACGUAGCUGCUCUUCUUUCAGUAUCUCGGUUAUUCAGAGGAGUUAGUUUUCUAUUGAAUGGUUCUGGUAUUUGGUAACCUGAAUUUGAUCCUAAGGGAAAACAAGAAGAGAACCCUUAGGAUCAAACUCAGGUUACCAAAUACCAGAACCAUACAUCUACUCACUCCUAUUCCCGUAGUUCAUUCUGUUCUUCUAAGUUCAGCCCAUAUGAAGCAUGUGGUGAGUGCGGAUGAGGCCAGAAACCUUUUGCGACCGACGGCUGUUCGCUUAACCGGUAUGGAACAAGCGAAAAAGGGUUUGGAUGAAAGAGGAACCGCGUUACGGCAUGUUGCAGACAACAUAAGAACUACUCAACUGGCCGUUCAAGUACUCGAAAUCUGAAGACUCGAUUGAAUACGAGAGCUAGCUUUGAAAGGCUACUCUCAUUUUGGUACUAUCCUCUGGCUGCGUUAUUGUAAACAUUUAUAGUACAACUUACUUGCUUAUUUCAGCUUUUCGAGUAGUCGUAGUUCUUGAAGCCUGUCCAUGUGGAAUUGGCGAGGACUUAGUUGUAGUCGUGGUUCUUGUUCUUCUUGAAGCAUAUCAUAAUAGUCAUCCGAUGAAGAAUCAGGUUCAGGGAAGUACCGAGUCCAAGUGAAGAAAGUUUGGGCUUUGAAAAAAUAUUAUUAUAUAUAUUCACUAUGAAGAGUAGAUGUAGACGCAGUGGCUACUGAGUAGUAGUCCUUUCUAGAGGCUGCAGAAGAAGUUGCACUUGCACAAAAGUAAUGAAGUAAGUCUUCGUAGUCACUAGAAGUUGUACUCUCUAAUCUGAGACCGAACGUGGGACAGAUUGAAUCUAGGCUCGAAGGACAUAGUCUACGAUGUUAUGGAUGGCGUUUAUUCCAUACCCUAAGCGUGCAACCCUAAGCGCCCCCUUAAAUAAUGCUAUACGUUAUCUUCAAGCGGAAAAGGGUAGCCGUGACGGUCUGGCCAGAUGGAAGAGACGCCAUUCAUUUGUGUAUCAUUACCAGGAAAAGGCGUGCACCAUUACUAUUUCACCGGAAUGGAUCAGAAACAUGUGGAUGUUGUACGUUCGAGACUGCAGUUAAGACAAACGUUAUUGGCUCUUUUUGUUCUGUCGCACCAUAGAUCAUACGAGAACGAAGAAGAACUUCUUGUAGUUGUACUUUGAUCAAGAAGAUCAUCUCGACCAGAGCAGCGACUUCGAUGAGGGGUUUCAUAGGUGUCGUGGCCUGAGGAAGAACAAGUUCCCUACACGCGUUCGUAACUGAACAGAGUAGCUCAUCAUCAUCAUCAUCAUCAUCGUCAUCGUGUCAAUAUCUCUAAGGAAGUAUGUUGCUACGCCUGCUUUUUUGCCGUGGCGACAUUACUAUCAACCUGCCCAGGGCGAUAAACCCGUAGGGGAGAAAGUUAAGGCUAGCACUACUAGCAUCUCGUUGGAAUGAAGAACAUGAGGAAAUGUUGUAAAGUAGUAGCACUUUGCUAUUGCUAUGAAAAUAGCCAAGUAGGUGCGGAUUUUCAAAAACGAUCCGCUUCUACCCGAAUCUAGACCACGGAGGUCGCCUUCUAAGACGGUCCAAGAGUACUGAGAUGUCACGAGAAACUAGGAAUGUCUAGAAAUCAAAAUCUUCCAAGCCUGCUUCUGUGUCAGUCACUAGAAGCAUGUUUCAGCCACUAGAAGUAGACCUCAAGGUUUCUUGUCAAUGUCAUGACAACGUCAACAAGGUUUGUCAUGAGCUGCCUGCAUCUAUCUUCUCUUGAAUUAGAGUCGCCCACACUUGCGUCCCCUCGCUCUAGACAGCAGAACACCUCUCGCGAACUUAGAGAAUGUCUGAUAGGAGUAAAAAAGGAAAGGCUAAAAUGAAUGAAUCGUCUAAGAAAGGAGGGCAGAAAAGAGGGGUCGCUACUACUGGAAAUGAGUUGGGGACGGCCAGGACUCGGAUUAUUUUGGAUAGUGUUGCAUUUUCCUCCUGCAGUGCCCCGAGCUUUGUUAAGACGUGGCUAGCGCGAUAGAGUAGGCGACAUAGCGCAGAGAUAUAGAAUAGGGAGUAGAAUAGAGAGGGAGGCAUAGAGUAGGCGCGCUGCCUCUGCUGCUUCUACUAGAACUAGAGUCGUACUAGUCGUGGUCGAGGUAGAGCAGAGUCGUACUAGUGCAGAACGGAAUCGCACUUGUCUAGAGCUGCCGCGCCACUAGUCAUCUCUUCUAUCGUCUUUAGAGCAGCAUAUGAAGAAGACUACAUUGUGUUCUAACUUUUGACACAUGUGGAGUGAGACGACACCUAACACGAUUAUCCCAUCUACCGGAAUGCGAUGUUAAGGCGAAUUACAGGAAAAGAAUCACUACGUAGAAAUUAAAUGAUUCACUACGUAAAAAGAGACCUGAAAUUAAUAAAGAGUCACUACGUAGCUGCCCCUCCUUCAGUAUCUCGGUUAUUCUCAUCGUUUACAUUUACUUGCUUAGUUCAGUUUAUCGAAUAUAAACUCUCUAAUAAUGUGAGACGUGGGAUGACGUUCGCCAAGUGCUAGACAUCAGCGACACUGACGAGACCGUCACUGACUCGAUUCGCCGAAAUCGAAUCUUCACCGGAUAUUGUUAUGGAGUUAUUAUAUGUUGAAGAGUAUGUGGUCCAUGUCCUUUACCUUCUAAAUAAGCUAAUGUGCGUCAUGUGCUCUCAUUUAACUUUGUGCUGUGGCGAAGUCGUGAACAACAUCAAAGAAACGCCUAAUAAAGGACUGAACCAACUGUGCAGUAGUUGCAGCAGUUUCUUGGAAGGAAAAACCCAGUCGUGUCUAGUAGUCGUGACUAAUGUCUUCUAAUGUGUUCUCUCUUCCUGUCAGCGGGAUCCUACCUGUCAGCUUGCCCUGGUGCACGCUCCUCCUGGAGGAGGCGAGGAAGAUGGAGCCAGGGACGCUGAACAAGAUGAUCCAGGACGAGGAUUAAGGCGAGGAUAGACAUGAUAUAACUACAGGCGAGUAACUUCUAGUUCAAAACAACUGUGACUGUAAAUAAUACUACAGGCGUCAAACUGAUCUAAUUACAGAAAGUUGUGGUCAGUGGUCUCAGUUAUUUUUAAGUAAAUAAGUUCAUGUGUCUUGAAAAAGUAAGAGUACCAGCUACCCUAUCAAACUGUCUUGAAAAAGAGCACAGUCUUCAAUAAGUAAAAGUAACCCUAUCAAACUGACUUCAAAAUAUGCUGACAGAAAAAAGUGCACUCAUACUCAAAAAACGGUCUAGCUUCCUACUUAGAUCCUAGCCAAUUUCUUGAGUGUGAGUGCACUUGUUUUUCCUUUCAUAAUAUAAAGAGGGGCAGUCACACACAUACUCUGUUGUAACAAAGUCUCUUCAGUGGGAUUUAGAGUUUGUCCAAGUAGCUCUAGUCGUAGUUGAGCUCUAGUCAUGAUAUUUGUAACGAGUUGGAUUAAGGCUUCUUUUUUUUUGACUCAGUUCUCUUCUAAUUCUAGGAGGUGGACGGGGGUCGACCGCACCAUCCACGCCAUACAUUUGUCGCUUUGGAAGGUACAGUCCGGUGUCAGUGACGCCAGGUCCCUUCAAGCUCGACGAUCCGGAGACAAAAAAAGAGAACACUGUUAUGUUGUUGCCGAGAAAUAAUUGGAAUACUAAGAAUAAAGUAGAUUUUAUAUAAGUACAUGCCCAGCAGAAAGCAGGCCCAUCAAGGGCCCGCUGCACUGGGCAUAGGUUAAUAGCAACUAGGCUGAUAAGACUACGACGCAAGCCCCUAAGUCACCAAGCUAGAGGCGGCAGCUGGUUCAGGAUGGACUAUCCUGGCUGUCGCUGUCUUGUGGCUAAGUAAGGUAGCAAGCUGGCUGUGGCUAGCAUGCCAGAUAUGGCGGAGCUAGCAAGCUGGCCAAGAUUAGGCUAAGCGGCUGGCUCUGGCUGCCGAGCUAAGCUAGCAGGGUGGCCAUGGCCCAGCUAGCCAGCAAACUGGCUAUGGCUAAGAAAGCAGCUGCUGAGCUAGGUCUCGCAAAGGCAGCAGCUACCAAGCUAGCUCUGAAGCUAUGGCUAAGCAGCUAGGAGCAAGCUAGCGAUGGCCAAGAAGCUAGCAAGCGAGCUAUCAAGGCCAAGUAGCUGCUAGCUUGCUAGCUUAAUAGGGCCGAGCAGCUACCUAGUAAGCUCGCUAGCUAUGGCGCAGCAGCUAGGAAGCUAGCCAUGGCCGAGGAGCAGCUACCUUGCUAGCUAGCUAUGGCUAAGCAGCUAGCAGGCUAGCUAUGGCUAAGCAGCUAGCAGGCUAGCCGCUAGCUAUGGCUAAGCAGCUAGCAGGCUAGCCGCUAGCUAUGGCUAAGCAGCCAGCAGGCUAGCGACGGCUAACCUAGCCAGGUAGCUACGGGUAAGGGGUAAGCAAGCAAGCAAGCCAGGGCUAAGCAGCUAGCAAGCUGGCCAUGGCUAAGCUAGCAAGCUCAGGCCCUUGCGAGGUGGCGGCGGCCCUUAAGGGUGGGCCUAUUAUUAGCUUAAGUUUAUAACAGCUUUCCCUUAAGGAGCCACCUCCUUACGGAGGAUCUUCCCUCUUAAGGAAAGCUGUAGUAACUUUUAGUAAUGGGAAUUCUUUAUAAGGGAAACGAUUUCCUUAACAGGAAGGAACUUGAGGAAGUCCCUUAAGGAUUUGAGAAAAGUUGUUUACCCUAUUAUAAGUACUGAUAUAAAUCAAGCGAUAAGAGGUAGUACUAUGUAUUUGCCGAUAAAAAAAAGUAGCUCUUAAUUAGCCGAAAAUCGUAAUUCGAUGUUAUGAUAUAGCUUGCACGAGAGCUAGCAUAAUUUGAAUCAAAGAAGAAGUUGUUCAUGGGAGUAACUAAGAAGACGGGAGGCUGAUGAGUGCUGAGUCAAAUAGUAGUACAACUAGGGAUCAAGAACGUCUUCUAUCAUGGUAAGGUAAUAUGGAGCAUAGAGCUGUUAUGUCUUGACGCAUCGUGCGCAUGGUGACCUUAGUCCAUCAUUAAGAACAUUUGUGUAAGUAAGUUGCACCAUUACCAUAUGUCACCAUGUAAAAAUGACGAAGUUCAUCUUGUACACAACGAGUCGCCUCAAGUUCUUGUGGCCAGCACAUUAAUUUUCCGGUUCUUGCCCUACUUCUCCUUCUUUCAUAGAGGAAAGAAUCCACGUGGACCAUUUUAUAUCUGGCCGCGUCGCCUUAUGGAUCAUGUUUUUCCCAUCCCUCUUACGACCAUCGAGGCUGUUGACCCUUUAGCUUUCUUUCCCCUUGGAGCAAGUGUAUAAUAAACAAGUCUCUACUCGGGUCGCUACGGAACCAGGCAGCUUUGAGUGAGUUGCUACGCGGUUCGAAUGAAUGAAUGAAUUAUGAAUGAGAAUGGAACUACAACUUCCCCGUGAAGAAAGUGUACUAUCGAUAUCUUUAGUACUAAGUUAUUUCAAUAAGGGGAACAACAUACAACAUACAACUACCUCCUCGAUGGUCUGUCCUGCAGCUUACGUAGAUGGAAAAAACACGACGGACACCGUUCUUUCAUAUACCUACGGAGUGCCUCACGGCCGGGUCAUUGAAAGGGAAGAAGAGGAGGAGGGUGAUAUCAACGCGGAUCGAGAUGCGAACAAGGAGGAGCAAGGUGCGAACAACGAGGAGAAAGAUGAGAAAGCGCAGAAAGAUGCAGAUGAAAAUUUAGGAUAUAUAUCAAUCAAGAGUCAACGAAUAGAGCAAUCUGAUUGAUUGAUUGAUUGAUUGAUUGAUUGAUUGAUUGAUUGAUUGAUUAACUGAUCAGCGGGAGCGCAGUCGUGCUUGCACAGUCCAGAUUUGGUCCUGGGUCUGUUUGUUCCUCCGUUAUCCAGCACCGCCGCUCGUUAGACGGCCGCAUCUAGGUGGUUGAUUGUUAGAGCAUUCUCGUCGCCAUUCUUGUAAAUUAUUCUUUCCUUUAAUAUUUCCUGUGAAUAAAAAGACUUUCACACUAUUUAAUAGAAAUUCUAGGCACAGACGUAAUUAAGAUGUUGAUGGCAGCGAAGAUAUUACUAGAACUAGUUCUUGAUAAAGGAACUAGAGGAUAGUACUUUCGUCGUUUUAGUUCCUGUGAAGACCGCCUCGUCCGCCACUCCAAUUAUUUUGUGCCGUAGUCCCUCUGACGAGGUCUAAUCGAGGCAGAAAUAUGAGUAAGCAGAUAAGAUAGAAGAACGGUCAUGAGUAUCGGUAAAUUUGUAUUCGGCUGGUGAGAUAUUCAAGAUCCCUCUUCUUUUCUGUGACCUCUAAUUUCAUUGCCACGCAGUCUCCGUUUUUCGCUGUAUACCAAAACAGAUCCAGAACAGGGUUCCCGAGCUUUGGGAGCACGGAGUAGGCUCGCCCGACAGCUGCCUUGGGCGAAAUCGAUCUCCGUCGAUGAGACACUGUUUAAGGCAACCUGGACUUUUCCAUCAUCCUGACCUCGGAGUUGAGCAGCUGUUGCCGGGGGUGCUCGAUGUGCAGGAUUCAUAACCUAACGCUAACCUAACCUAAGUAGUUGUAGUUUAAGUUUUCCUUCUUUCAUUCACUACUUCGUUUCCUUUUAGAAAAAUUUCAAAAAAAUAAAAUUUCAACUUUUUUAGCUUUCAUAGUUCAUCUCACGAGUCAAAGUUUGACAAUCAGAAGUACUGUGUUUGAAACACAGUACUUCUGAUUGUCAACUAGUACUUUGAUUUGUGGUUAAAGUUAUAGCAUUGUUACCUCAAGUAGUGCAUGCUGUUACAACUUUUCAUAUUUCUCCUUAGUGUUAGUCGAAGAUUCUCCUCUGCUAUUCUUUCAAAAUGCUCUUUCAACACAAGAACUUUUCAGGCUUUAUUAUUGCUUCAUCCUCUAACCUAUUCGAGGAGGACCGCCGCAAACUGUCUCAGUCAUACAAAAAUUAAGGCGCCUUUUUAUCUACAACAUGUACAUGAUCUAGCACUGUAGUAUCUUCAUUUUUUACCAGAAGCAGGUCAAGCUGACUCGGCCGAUGAGCGCCAGGAGUUCUACUAGUGUGCAACUAGGUCUACAACAUGAUCUCCUGUAUCAUGUAGAAGGACGUGUGAGCAGCACCAGCAGUAGUGAAAUCUCUCCAACCUCUGACUACUGCAAAUGAAAGAAGCAGAGCAAGAACUACCCCAUCCUCCUUCUCAUCUCCUCAUCUAAAUAACAGAACUAGAACUACCUCAUCCUCCUCCUCAUCUUCCUCUUCUCCUCAUCUAAAGAAAGGUGAUGGAACUUUGGCGUUUGGUGCUUGCGAAUGAAGAGUAUGAGAACUACUUGCUAGAGCUAGAACACCUCACGCGAAAUGCUGGAGAUCCGCAAGUUAUGGAGGAGGGUUCAUCGAGCUGGAGUUAAAUGAGUAGGGGGGGUUCGACUUCGUUGAUGAUGAUGACGAUGAUGACGAUAUUAUUGAUGUUGCUCCUGCUAUAGCUAUUUUUAUAUAAAUUUUCAAUAAAACAACACAUUUUUUCACGAAGAUUUUUCGUCUUAGAGCAGGUGAAUGACUACAACCACUACCAUAGACGUAUCGCAGUCACUAUCUAAUCCUUGUGGUCCUUCCGACGAGGGGAGCGCGCUACUGCCAAUCGCUUCCAUCAUGGAUAACACUCAGAAGGCGACAGAGUUGUUACGGCUUGUUGCCCGAGUCCAUCCUCUGGAGCAUCGUCCUGAGUAGGCUUUUUCAAGGGGGAAAGAGGACCAGGAUGCUUUUCUUCAGGAUGGAUCAGGUCUAAAGCGCUCUAAAGUUGGAUCGUAAAGCAGAUGUGGAGACGAAGGUUAUCCGUCCGCAUGUUCUUGAAGGUCAGCAAAUUAUUUCCUGGCUCACCGAACAAAGUGACUUAAGGUCGUGGAGGAAGAGAUGAUCACCCCUUGUUGCUAGAGACUCGCUUUUAGUAGGUUCGUUAGUACUAGGUUGAUGAAAUAAAUGUUGCUAGAGACUCGCUUUUAGUAGGUUCGUUAGUACUAGGUUGAUGAAAUAAAUGUUGCUAGAGACUCGCUUUUAGUAGGUUCGUUAGUACUAGGUUGAUGAAAUGAAUGUUGCUAGAGACUCGCUUUUAGUAGGUUCGUUAGUACUAGGUUGAUGUAUUUCUAUUUGUACGUAAUAGAAAUGGUCCUCUGGAUGAACUAGUAGAUUCCGAUAUGUCUAGUUGACUUAUCUCUCUUUUUUCGGUCUGGAAAAGUAGACUUGUUGUCUCUUGGAAGAAACUUCUAGUAGCCUUGUUGUCUCUUGGAAGAAACUUCUAGUAGCCUUGUUGUUUGUAUGGCGGACUUAAAUAAUUAUUUUAGCAAAUAAUGACUUUUCCAAAUCUUCACUUUUACCACUAGAUUCUGCAAAAGUGGAAAAGUAUCUAGAUGCUAAAGCAAUUCUUUAACUCCGCCAUAUUAGUAAGUUGGGGAGAAACUUAUAGUAGACUUGUUGUUUGGGAGAAACUUGUACACCUACACAGGCACUUAAAAUUAAUUAUCUCUUUAUAGAACACGACGUGGUGGUCUAGAAGUCUAGAAGGCGUUAAUACAUCAACAUUGUAGAUACAACUUAGUCUCUUUUUCUCGUUAGAUUUUCUUGCUCUCCCAGCGAGGUACAAGAAGAUUGAAAGGCCUUCACUAAGUUUCAAUGCCUUGGAGAGCAUUCAGAUGCGGAAGCUCAGUCGGGAAAAAUUAGGGCUCUAUACUUUAAUUAUCUCUAUAAUUUUCAUGUCCACACUGACAUAUCUCCCUAUUGUGAUCCUACUUGAACUUUCAACAUGAUACUUCUCCUGGUCCUGGCUAUGAUUUCCACAUAUCUCAACUUCGUUUAAACUUUGCUCAUCUCAACAAAGAAUUACAAGAGGAAAGACAGAGGUCCUUCUGAUAGAAGUAUAGAAGAAGAAUGUAUGGCUAGUAUGGUAUACAAUCGCACAAUUAUAGGAAUGUACUUAUGUGUAUACAAUGUAUGUGUACUUAUUCAAGAGGAACAAAGAGAUGCAAUGACAAGAAUGUACUUAUGUGUAUAGAAGAAGAGGAACAAAGAGAUGCAAUCUGCAAUCAUGCACAAUUAUAGGAAUGUACUUAUGUGUAUACAAGAAGAGGAACAAAGAGAUGCAGAUGCAAUAACCCCAAGAAUGUAGUUAGUCGUUUUUUCGAAUGUGACGUCUGUGGAUGCGCGCGUCCCAAGGAGCGAAGGAGUCGAUCAGCCAACUGAGUAGGAAAUCAAGAAAAAACGCUGAUUUUGCGUUUAAUUAUAUUUACGGUACGGAUAUUAACAGAGCUUAGUGAAGUUAAAUAACCUACAAUCUAACUAAUACUCCAUUAUUUGAAACGGAUACUAACUACAGACUUUAUUUUACAACUUUAGUGCAGCUGAUUGAAUGGUUUCCAAUUAUAAACAAUUGGGUACACUACGGAUAUUAACGCCACGAUUGGGUACACGACUUUAGUGCUGAUUGAAUGGCUUCCAGGAGUCAUUUACAUUUUGAACUUGCUUGAUUGAAUGGCGCUGGUAUUUGGUAACCUGAUUUUGAUCAUAAGGAAAACAAGAGGGGAAUUCUUGUCGUGAUCGAAUUCAGGUUGCCAAAUACCAGAGCCAUACGCUGAUACUUGUGUUAAUCUAUUUUUCAGGUACAAGUUUAUUAUCUCUAGCUUCUUUGACUCAAAAGGGCGCUUUUACGACUGUUUGUUCUUUUUGUUGACAGACAGUAGCUAGCCAGCCAUGUCGAUGUAGUUCUGAAACUUUAUUAGAACCUGGUGAACUCAAGUGAAAAUAAAGUUCACCAGGUUUUUUGAGAGAGUUAACACCUUGAAAGACAACGACCUCUUAUAUUUUUAUUUGAGUUUGUCUUUCAAGGUGUUGCUCGUCUCUGCAGCAUGAAAGUGUCGUGCCUUCAAGUGCAUAUCUAGCCUAUACGCUCACUCCGUCACAAGUGAGCGCACUCCUAUCCUAUCCUAUCCUAUCCUAUCCUAUCCUAUCCUAUCCUAUCCUAUCCCACUGAGUGAAUCCAAGUGAGUCAGCAGCCGUUGGGCCCGUUGUAAGAGGUAUUGGCUUACUAGCUUGGAGCGUCCGACGACAUCCCUCCCAUUAGGAUCCCCCUCCUCCCCAAAGUAAGAAACUAAGCACGGCAAAGAUGUAAGCGAUGCGCGUUUUGCAAAUUUCGAAAAUUUUCCACGUUUUGCCAUCGUUUGCGGAUUGAAUCUCGUGCGUUUGAAGUGCUAAGGCCCCCAAGCUUUUUGACUUUAAGCCCUUGCCCUGAGACACAAUUUCUUGGGUUUGCAUUUUUCAAAUUUCGAAAAUUUUCCACAUUUUGUCGGCGUUUUUGGAUUGAAUUUCGUGCGUCUGAAGCGCUAAAGUCCCAAAAUUUUUGAUUUUAAGCCCCUUCCCUGACAUUCAAUUUCUAUCUUGGGUUUGCACUUUUCAAAUUUCGAAAAUUUUCCACGUUUUUGCGCCGUUUUGAGGUUGAAUUUUGUGCGUUUGAAGUGUUAAAGUCCCAAAGUUUUUGACUUUGCGCCCUUUCCCUGAGAUUCAAUCUCUUGGCUUCCUUCGCGUUUUUCAAAUUUCGAAAAUUUUCCACGUUUUUCGUCGUUUUGCGUUUGCAUCUCGUGAGCUUGUUGAAGUGCUAAGAUCCCAAAGCUUUUGACUUUAAGCCCUUUCCCUGGAAUUCAAUUCCAUGGCUUCGUGGUUUCUUGGUUUCCUGGUCUGGUUUCCUGGGUUCAUGGGUUUGGGGUUUGUUUGUUUUUGCGUCGGAGGUUGUGGGCCUGGGUGUUGGAGGUUGAGGUUUCGGAGGGGAAGCGUUUGCAGAGUUUUAUUGCUCUUAAUAUUAUUACUAAACUAGGAGUCGUUUGUUUUGCCUACGUCGUCGGUUUCGAUAUGGAUGUUGUGACGCUUCCAAUGUUCAUCAUACUGGUACUGUACUAUUAGGCAUUGGUGUAGUACUUUCAUAAGUAAGUAGAUUCUAUAUUAGGUGAUAUUGGUAUACAUAUUUCCAUUCCUUUUCUUAUAUUUUUGAUUAGGUCGUAUUGGCUGAUCCACCAAGUGACUCAGCGUCUGAGGUCGUUUUGGGUUCUUCUAGUGGGUUCUACUUUAUAUAAUUUAUGAUAUGACUCAUCUCCUGGAUGGGCGAAGAUGCUGGUCCAUCACGUCGGAUACUAUUUCACGAGGACAACUCAGACGAGUCAACAAGGAAACACGUAGGACACACACGAUAACACACAUCAAUGUUGCCCUGACUGUCAUCAAGCUCUAAUGUUAAGGGAACAACUUGAGCAUAGUACAAGAACUUGUUUUAUUGUUCCUCAAUGAAUAGCAUUUCCGUUUCCCCCUUAAGUUCAUCCCAGUACUGCAUACUAGGAGUUUUCCGCUGAAAACAGUACCCUCUCUUCAAGUCAUGAAUUUAUAUUUGAGUAAGUUUUACAUUUCGUUCCUCUUCAAUCUAAAUCAGUCUUCACUGUUAUUCUUCACUACAAAAAACUUGUUUUCAUUAACCAAGUAUAGUAUGAUGAAAAAAAUCGAAAUCCUCAAGAAGAAUCACCAACUAACAUGUCUUAAUAAAUAUUAUUUCGAAGAAUGUGAUCCCAUUUGUCACGCAGUGAGUCACGUAUUUUUCUAUUGAUGUAAUGUCUUUGACGAUUGGGCUUCCUACUAUUCAUUGCUACUUCUACUAGUGCUACUACAAGCGUAGCUUAUUUUUUACAACAAUCGGCAUCAUGUUUUUUUUCCUCGCGGGAGGAUGAUCUUCUCUUUUUCCUCUAAUGAUAAGUGCAAACGGCGAGGUGCAACGAGGCGAAGCAAAUAGAGGCAGUGGAAAAGAACAGACUGGACUUGGGCGACAAGAAUUAAGCCACGUUCAUGAACAUCGUCAAGCUUGCUCUUGACGUUGACUACAUUCCUCUUCUUUCAGUAUCUCCCUUAUUUUCCGUAGUAAGUUACUCGCUUAAAAAGUAUAUUUCGAAAAAUACUACUUGUUAGUCCUCCUUGUUUUGUAAGGCCACCUCGUGUUCUUUUACGAGGACUAAGUACGUCCGAUGGUAACAAGACGGGGCCAUACAGGACAGAUUCACUAGGAACAAGAGCUACCUGUUUUAGGUCGUAGUCGUGUUCCUAGACUCUUCAGGACUAGGUACAUGAUUCAUUGAUGGCACAGAAUCAGAACUUACUUUGAUUGCAUUUGUAAGAGGACUUCUUGUUCUUGUUGUUCUCUUUUUAAGUACUAGGAUUGACAGGAAAACUAACCUAGGACGUUCUUGCUGGUGCAUAAUAAAAAGAAGAUAAUAGCAAGCUAAUUUUUGCAAUAAUACCAUUUAAUAUCAAGUUCAAGAUUUAAUCGUAGUUCUAAUAACCAUAAAAAUAGAAGUAGUUCUAACAACAAGACAUUUGGUGUAAAGACCGUCGCGAGGGCCGCCCACCAGACGAUGUAGCUCACUUUCAACCAGCAGACGACAGUUAAGGCGUUGGUUCUUCUUUGUCAAGUACAACUACGAUAGAAUAUGAUAACAGCGACAUCAUAUUGGUUAACUAGAAGUAAGGAGCUAUUGCAAAACGAGAAAGAAGCGGAUUAAUGACUACUGAAAUAAGGGACGACGUUGUAGCUUUCAAAGUCUCCCCUCAUUUCAGUACUAUCUUGAUCUUCUCUGUUAUUCUAGAAAUUUGCCGCGCAGCUGCAGACUGACACUUGAUAGAAGUCCUUUAAUAUACAAUUUUACUCCUUAGAAGUUGUAGUGGCUUUUAAAAGUUCUAGGCUCACCUUGUUAUUUACGUGUUGAUUUCAGUUUUUCGAAUAGCUACUUUGUUUUUCGAUCAUCUGCACUCAGUUACACAGAGGACAGUCGAAGACUCUUUUCCUAGUGGUCGAAGUUCUUUUUUUUACGACAAUGACGGUCGUUCUAAAUCAGCGGUGUUUACAAGUGCUACGCGAAAAGGCACGCAUACCUCACUUAAGGCAUCAACGCAACUACUCCUUCUACGACUACUUUAAUUACUUUUUAUCAUGCUUCUUGCCGUAGAAGUAGGAGAACGUAGUUAAAGUUAGAGUUGUGGCGCCACCAGCGGUAGGUCGUAUUCUUGUUUUUGGCUCGUCAGUAGCCUAGAACUACGUCUGCUAGUUUCCCUAGUGGGCCCACGCAUAACCUGACCGAACCUAACCUAGUGCCGUAGGUAAUGAUCGCCAUUUAUACACGACGAGCCUCUACUACUGGCUCAGCCUUCGGCUCCGCGAGGACCCUACAACUUCCUUCUACGUCUAUACAACAAGACUUUUCCUUCUACAACUUGAAUUUGUAGAUGACAAAAAAGUAACUUUAUUUACCAUGACGAUAUUUGGUCAUCAACAUGUGUUGAUGUUCGAAUUCGUUUCCUCCACCCACAGGUCGUGGUCUUCCCCUCUUGGUCCUCGUCCACCUCUACCCGGAAGCGGAAGCUUGGGACCUUGCUUUAGACUGUUUACAACUAAUAGAGAAUCGCCCAACAUCUCUGCAACUUCGUCUACGCUGCAUAGUCACCUACAACUACUACGUUCGUCUCAAGUGAUUGUACCUAAAAAUCAGUAAAAAUCAUCUCUGAGUUUUUCAUUCAUUCACUGCGCCUCAUCAAGUGAUUUCGCAAGUAAUUCGUUUCCUCCACCCACAGGUCGUGGUCUUCCCCUCUUGGUCCUCGUCCAAACUCUAAAAUAAGGGCGCGAAAAAGGGCGUGAUGGCUGCUGCGAAAUUCGUGAAGGAUAAAGCGAAAUCCUUUCUGGGAUCACUCAAGAACUUGGGAGGUGGUCGCAAGGACGACAGCGUCAGCGAGAACUAUGAGGAGGAGAUGAAGGAGGAGAUCAGCAGGAAUGGUAAAAUUAUGGCUGCAAACGAUGAAAGUAUUUUUUUAUUUAUACAUCUGGAGUCAGUAAGGGCGCUCGCGAGCGCGGCACGUGUGAGGCGGUAGGGUCGCGCGCGAACAUCAUAAUAAGAAUAAGCAUGAUAAUAAGAAUGAUAAUGAUGAUAAUCAUGAUAAUGAUAAUAAAGUCAGUGGGUGGAUGAUCGUACAUCUAUCUCGACAUCUUGCAGCUGGCACGACCCUACUUUUGCCCUGUACAACGAACUAGUCGUACUACUUUUCUCAACACGAGGAAUACACUGACUCUAAUCAAAGGGCAGAGAUCAUCAUGGAUGAAAAAGAAACAGACAGAGUCGAAAUGCAUCCUUCCGCCAGCUCUGCAGGUAAUGGCAUUAAGAACUUGGAAGUGAAUCUACUUACUUUAAGUACAUCUACUUACUUGAUAAGUAAGUACUUCUUGUUACUUAAAUAAUAAGUUGGAUCAAUAAAUUAUAAGUAGGACUCCUCGGAUCGAAUGAAGAACCGCUCUGACGGUACAGAUCGAAGUCAGGUUAGCCCGAACCACCCUAAACCCUUCUAACAACCUCAUCGAUUUUGACGCCGUAGUCGUAGAAGACCUGGAAAACACUACGUAG